AUGGCGGCCGGUGUGGCGACGUGGCUGCCGUUUGCACGGGCAGCGGCGGUAGGAUGGCUGCCGCUGGCCAAGAAGACGAUGCCCAAACCUCCUGUUGACAACACGUCCAGAUCUGACGAGAUCCUGUACGUCAACGUCAGUGGCGUCAGGUUUCAGGUGGGUGUGGCCUUCUACUGAGCAUGCCCCAAAACAGGAAGUCCUGCAGUCACAGUCGGGUUACCUGAAGUUCAAAGUUCAGAUGAACAUGUCUAACAGGGAGUUACAGAGUCAUUAAGGAUAGGAUUUCUAUCUGGUUUGAAAGAAAUCUUGAGUUUGUGUUCUAAAGAAACUCUGUUGGAACAUGGAACUCCGAGUUUAUACAGAGUCCGGGAGGCUAACCCCCAAUUUUUACCACAUCCAGAAAGGCAGCAAUUUUCACCGUCCGCUAAUUCCUGCCGGAUCCAUUUGUGAUGCGAAUUUCGUGGUGGAUUACAGACAGCAGGAAUCGCGAGAACUCACCAGAACCCGCGGAUUCAUGGUCAAUCGCGCGAUAACAAGUUGUCUCUAUAAAGACAGCCACAUAGACAUAUAAGCAGUAGAUUGUGUCCUUCCAGAGGAGGAAAUCUACUUCUAGACUUCUAGAAUCAGCAUCUCCUCAUCCAUGGUGUCAUCGGGGUAAAAUGACGUGUUUUAUUUUGAAAAGAAGUCGGAUGUAUUAUUUUGUGUCUGUGUCCAACUUCCUUUCCAGCACGGGUUAAUCUGUGCUGAAUUUGUCCGGCAUGCUCUGGCGUCCGGAAAAAAUAGAACUGUUUCGAUCAGCUGUGGAGUCCAGUGAUCCGCAGAGGAAUGGAAAGAAGUUGGUGGAAAUAUACACGUUAACUUGAACGGUUAUGAUCAGCUACGAUCGGCGGAUACGACCUUUUCGUAGAUGUUCCAGAUGCGGGGGAAAUUGGGGGUCAGCAGUGAGUCAUCAGAGUGACUGAUGGUGAUUAAGUCUUAUUAGUUUGUAUGUUUAUCUCAUCAAUCAUCUAUAAAAUGGUGUCUUCACAUCAGCUGCUGCUGCUGUUGUUGUUGUCGUCAGAAUGUGGUUUGUCGUUGUCUUACCUGUUCCGCUGAAACUUCUCUUCUUCUGUUCUUUAACUCCUGCAGACAUGGAAGAACACUUUGGACCGUUAUCCAGACACGCUGCUGGGCUCCUCGGAGAAGGAGUUUUUCUACAACGAGGACACACAGGAGUACUUCUUCGAUCGAGACCCAGAAAUGUUCCGGCACAUCCUGAACUUUUACCGCACUGGGAAGCUGCACUACCCGCGACACGAGUGCAUCCAGGCCUUCGACGAAGAGCUGGCCUUCUACGGCAUCGUGCCGGAGAUCAUCGGAGACUGCUGCAUGGAGGUAAACACUGAGUUAUUUCUCUGUUUUGAAAAGUGCUUCUAUCUGGACACCAGGUUGAACCUCCUGAAGUCACUGGUUCUCCUCGAGGUUCCUCUCUUGGGGUCAGAAAGAGUCAGUGAUACCUGAGUGAGUGUCUGAAGGGCCUUACUUAUCCACCAGACAGCUUUAUAAUGACACAGUGAAAAGUCUUGUUAGACUCUGGGCUUCAGGAGCUCAACAAAGACCUGAGUCAGGGAUCAGCAGAGUUCAUCAUGUUUGACAUGCACAGGAGACAGGAUGAGACCUGAGGAGCAGUCUGGGUGUCUUCAUGGUAGAAUCAGUCCAGAUUAAAAACAGGGUCUUGACCAAAUCAGAGGAGAGGAGCCCCAGGCGCCAUGACGAACAGAGUCCAGAACGCAGCAUGUGACCCAGCAGCAAAGGUCAGUCAUUAACAGCCCACCUGGUCCUCAAUACAAAUGGACUUGCUUGAAGUUCUUCAAUUGCAGAUCUUCACCUCAGGUCUUCAAGACCUUCAAGCAAGUCCAGAUUCCCUUUCCACGAAGAGCUGGAUAACCAUGACCUGGGACCUUCACAGACAGUAUGGAGCUCUUCCUGGACCAGGAGGAGUUUGUAGUGGAUUUAGAAUCCACACGUACACGCUGGAAACACCCAGGCUGUCGGACCGGAGGAAGGAUGCAGGUCUCAGCUGAAACCAUGGGGACCCACGGUGGCAGUCCUCGAUCCCUCUGCUGGAUUAGAGUCACACACUGCCGUCUGCAGCAGAAAAGACCCGCUUCUAGUUUGAUCAAAUUCCUGCAGCAUUAGAGUACAGGACACAUUUCAUUAGUGUUCAGAUGUUCUGGGGCCUCAUUUAUAAAGCUUUCUUACGCACAAAACCUGUCUAGAAAGUGCUUACGCCACUUCUUACGCAAGAGUUGGGAUUCAUAAAAGAAAAACUACUGUAGGAAUGUGCGCAACUUUAAGCAAACUCCACACCUUGCUUACGCACUUUUUGGAGACAAUCGGAGCAAGGUGAGAACAGUCCGGGUGAUGCGUUCAGCACAACGGAUGACUCGAUGCAGGGCCUCUCUGUCCUGAGAGCUGCAGCUGCUGUAACAGGCAGUGAUGCCCGCAGAAAGCACAGACCCCACUGUGGCGGUGAAGAAAGUUUGCCAAUUUGAAUUUACAAAUGUGCAAAAAAACAAAUUCCAUUUACAUGUUUUUGUUUUAAGAUUAAUAUGACUAAAUCUUUUUGGUUUACGAACUUUCACCACAUAAGCAGCGGUGGAUAACGGAACAUUUUCUUUUUGGAACACAUGCAUGAGUGUCACACAUGCUUGUUUUUUCUGAUCCUCACCUGUCGCCGCCAAGCUCUGACGGUGCAAAGCCACUUUUUUCUUUGCCUCCACCUUUAGAUCAGACCACUUCUUCUUGAUAUUGGCACAGUGUUGUUUUCGUCAACGCCAUCGUCAACGAAAACAAAACUCCACGCGUCCUAUAUGUUUAGCGUUUAACUGACUGAGUUUUGCAACUCUGUUCGUCAUUUUCGUCUCGUCCCAUCAACGUAAACGCACUUUCGUCUCGUCACAUUUUAGUCAUCUCCGACUUAUGUUUAGCUCGUCAACGUUACGUCUUCGUCGUGGAAGAAAAGGGAAAUAUUUUCGUCAACGAAAACAACCAGUGUUGUUCUCGUUGACGAAAAUAUUUCCCUUUUUUGACGCUGGCGUUGACGAAAAUAUUUGACGAAAUAUGACGAAAACAACACUGUUUCGGCAACGAUGCACUCAGUGCCAGCCGCAAUUACCGCCACGGCAACGGCGUUUUUAUUGGUAAUGCCACUCGAAUGGCCGCCGAAUAAGGUCUCCCGUCUCGCCGCCACCUCAAUUACAAGAACCUCCACCUCGAUCUCUGAAAAGUGUCUUUUUCUACGACUUGCUGAUGCCAUGGUUAAGCGUGAAAUGCCGUGGAUCCAUCAGGCUUAUUUAUACGCAAAUCACAUUCAUGAGGUAAUUUGCAUGACCAUACAUGGUGAAUUUUGGGUGUGGAGAGGGCGGGGCAUGAAUCAAAUCCCUGCUGCACAACUUUCCGGCUGGUCUGUGAUUUAUAAAGUGAAAGUGCGUGCAGGUGUGCGUAGGCAGGGUUUUAUAAAUCAGAUUUUUUUUUUGCCUACGCACUUUUCAGCUUUUCAACUUACAUACACUUUUAGUUUGGAUCCUACGCCAGGUUUUAUAAAUGAGGCCCCAGGUCUUUAUCAUGUGACCUAUCUUAUUUUAUCAUAUUCAAUCAUGUGUAUGAUCGUCCUCCUCAGAUCAUGUCAUAUAUCACUUCAGUCUAGGGCUGAAACGAUUACUCGAGUAACUCGAUUAAUAAAAUUCCUCGAGGCAAAUUAUAUGCCUCGAGGAAUCGUUUAAAUCCGGAACCAUGUGCAGCGCACGGUGUUUGACACGGACGGUUAUUUCUGUUGCGCAGCAGCGUGCUCUUUCCGCUCCUUCCGCUGCCGCGCGUUUCAUAGACAUAAUAAAAGGGUAGACCCCGCUGGGGGUGCUGCGCAGCGAGAAAUGCGGCCGCCAUCUUGGUCAGGUCAAGUUUCCCAUACGCUCCGGUCAAUCAUAUUCAUUCAUUCAGCGAUGCCGGAGCACUGUGCGGCGUAUUCCUGUGCCAACAGGCGGACAGCAGAGAACAGGGCUCAAGAAAUAACUUUUCAAAGUUAUGAUUAAACGUUUUUUAAACAUUACACUUGACUGUAGAGUCAUUUGUAGGCCAAAGAGGAAGACUAUCGGUCAACUCCAAAAAGGAAACAGCAUUUGCGAACAGCUAGCUUAUUCACAAUAAUAGCAACUUUGGUCGAUUAUCAACAGAUUUGCAUUAGAUUGAAAAACUUUUGUUUGAGAGAGGUUCUAAGAAACGUUAAGAAAUAAAAUAGAAAGAAAAAGGAAGAAAGUGAGCUUUUUUUAUUAUCUGUUUUAUUAAAGAUUUCUUUGUGGUGAUCUCCUGUUUCAUUUUGAAGAUUUCCUAAGGACAAAAACUUGAGGAAGAAGUGGGAGAUUGCUGUUAGAGGGAGAAAUUCGCAGCAAGUGAUUCCUCUGUGCUGUGUAGCCAACAAGCAAAUUGAUAUGUAGUUUAGAUGCUGUCCUGUCAUGCUGUUCUUGUGUUUAAAUCUUUUUGAUAUGUAGGCUAUAUAUUUGUGUGUAUUUUCCAGUUAUUAAAAUAGUGCUUCUAUAUGACAUUAUUUGUGUGUGUCUACAAAUGGAUAAAUAAAAUUAAACUAUAUAAAAAAUUAUAAUCAAAUCAAUAUAUAUUGAAUUGGCCUAUUAAUACCGCCAGUUAUUAAUAAUUAUUGAGACAUAGCAGGAACCUAGCUCUAAACCUAAAUAUAUCCUUGAUUAAUUGUUAUACUAUAAUACAGCCACUGCUGCCAUGUUCUAAAAUAUCAUUUUAUUCAUUCUGAGUAUUUGAAAACGCCAAAAAAAAAUAUGGCCUCUAUCAUGCCUCUUUGAAUGGCGUUUGCAGAGAAGAAAAUUACGUAGCAUUGAGCGAACUAUGAUUCAUUAAUGCGCUCAGACUUCAUUCCGCCGGUUAAACAGCGGUGCAGAGUGAGGCGGAUGACCGGACCAAGAUGGCGGCCGCAUUUAUCGACAGCGCCCAUUCGUGGUAGCGGCCGAUGCGGGGUCUAUCUUUUAUUAUGUCUAUGGCGCGUUUGGUUCAAUCAUGGAGGGAAACGAGGACAGACAGAGAGAGGAAGAAAGAGAUGACACGCAGAGGAAACGGCAGAAAGUGUCUAAAGUGUGGGACCAUUACACACUGAAAAGGAAAGAAAACGCCGUGCAGUGCGUUCACUGUAAGGCGGAGUUGGCGUUUCACAACAGCACGUCGUCAAUGCUGCAGCACCUUAAAAGAAAACACCCGGUCCAUGCAUUAAGUCCGCUCUGAGGCAAACGUGAUUCAAUGCAAAGUAUUACAGUGAGAGCAAAACAUUUCUUAUCCGAUUACUCGAUUAAUCGACAGAUUAAUCGAUAGAGUACUCGAUUACUAAAAUAAUCGAUAGCUGCAGCCCUACUUCAGUCAUAUUGUAUCUCAUACUGGGCGGCUGUGGUUAGUCUCUGGAAGAGUCUAGUCCAUCAGCUGGAAGGUCAGGGGUUCAAUCCACUUUCUGCUUAAGUGUCUUUGGGUGGGUAAUAAUAUCCUAUUAUUACAUAUUAUCGUAUCAUAUAUUGUAUCGCAUCAUAUUGUAUCAUAUCAUAUUGUAUUUUAUGUUAGAUUUUUCUUAUAUCUUAUCAUAACAUAUUAUUGUAUCGUAUCAUAUCAUAUCAUUUUAUAUCGUAUCAUAUUGUAUUGCAUUGUAUCAUAUCGUAUCGUAUCAUAUUAUUUUGUAUCUUAUCGUAGAUAUUUUCUCAUAUCCUAUCAACACAUAUAAACGUAUUGUACCGUGUCAUAUAUUGUAACAUUUAACUCAUGGUAUCAUAUAUUAACAUAGAUCUUUGUAUUUUUUAAUAUAAUGUCCUCACAGUCGUAUAAAAUUCUGUUUUAUUCUUUGGUUUCUCUCAGUUUGGAUUUUUUUGCUUCAGGUUCGUGAUUUUCCGAACCUCCGCUCUGACGGAUGAGAGUAUCAGCAGUUUCUUUAAUACUUGACUGUACUGUUGGUUUUCUCUCUGCUGCUCUCAGUGAACAACAUCAGCAGCUAAAUGACUGAAACUCCUGAUGGAUCUGAGGAGACACUAAGCAGCGCUGCUCUCAGACUCCAUUAUCAACCCCAGCUCAUUAAACCGUUGGUGAUGAGCGCUCUGAAACUCCAGCAGAUUUGGCUCUUUAGUGCCGCUGCUGUUUUUGGCUCCAUCAGUGAUUCUUUAACGAGUCACAAACACAAAUGAUCACCUGCAGAGGCUUUCCUUUCUAAUAUCCUCGUUUUAUCAUCAACCUGUCCUCUGACUCAUGAAUGGGUAAUUGUUCUCCAUCUCCUCACUUUUGGCCGGCUUGCUUUUCUUCACAAAUGUUGGUUGAAGUGUGAAAGCUUCUAAUUUCUGUUUUUCACUUCCCCCACAGUUCCCCACGAGUAAAAGUCCACAUGAUCUUAAUUUUUUACUUGAGUAAUUUUGCAACUUCUGCAGAUUUCUCCUCUUCUUUGGCUUCUCGGAUAAGAUUUGAGAAAUGUCUGAAGGGGCUCGAGGUCUUCCUGGCCCGGUUUGUUGUCUUGUUAACAGCCAACAGGGGAGGCAGCGGACAUCGCUGGCGCUCAUCUUGUUUAUUCAAAUAAAAACUAAGUGAGGUUAUUAGUAUCAAAACUGGAUCAGAACUGGGUCUGCCACGGCAGGAAAGACCUUUUAGUGUGUUUAAGUUUCAUUUGGUGUCACCUGUGGCAAACUCAACCUGACUUUUGGUUUUUCAAACAAGAGGCAAAGAUGGACUUUUCAGACUCGGUGUGUAUGUGGUUUUUAGGUUUUUGGAUUGACCCUCUAGUGGACAGGUGUGGAACUGCAGUCUACAUUUCUGAAAGGGAUAUUCUGGCGUAAAAUUAAUUUCGGGUCAAACACCCAAAAUUAAUUUUACGCCAGAAUAUCCCUUUACAACCGGGAUAAUGCUUCAGCUCAGUAUGUGUAGAGUAUUAUAAGUACAAACGUAACUUACUGACAGAUUUCUGAGUUCCUCCUAAGAACGGUUUGAUGAACUGGGUUUGGUAUUUCUGCUGAUGGUCGUCUCUCUUUGUCUUUUAAGGAAUACCGAGACAAGAAAAAGGAGAAUCAGGAGCGUCUGGCCGAGGAUACCGAGGCCAACGAGGCGAUGGACGCCCCCCUCCCUCCACACAGCACCUCCAGGGAGCGGCUGUGGCGAGCCUUCGAGAACCCCCACACCUCUACCAUGGCGCUGGUCUUCUACUACGUCACCGGCUUCUUCAUCGCCGUCUCUGUCAUUGCCAAUGUGGUGGAGACAGUCCCCUGCCGACCGCCUAAAGGCAGUGUGAAGGACCUUCCCUGCGGGGAGAAGUACCAGCUGGCCUUCUUCUGCAUGGACACGGCCUGCGUGCUCAUCUUCACCUUUGAGUACCUGAUGCGUCUGUUCGCUGCACCGAGCCGCUGCAAGUUCAUGCGCUCGGUGAUGUCAGUGAUCGACGUGGUGGCCAUCAUGCCAUACUACAUCGGUCUGGUGAUGCCGGAGAAUGAGGACGUCAGCGGUGCCUUCGUCACUCUGCGAGUUUUCCGCGUCUUCAGGAUCUUCAAGUUCUCGCGUCACUCACAGGGUUUGAGGAUUUUGGGCUACACCCUGAAGAGCUGUGCCUCCGAACUCGGCUUCCUGCUCUUCUCCCUCACCAUGGCCAUCAUCAUCUUCGCCACCGUCAUGUUCUACGCCGAGAAGGGCACCAAGGGCUCCACCUUCACCUCCAUCCCGGCCUCCUUCUGGUACACCAUUGUCACCAUGACAACACUGGGGUGAGUUUGUGCGUUAAACUAUUCGUUGCCCCCCGACAUCUGACCGCAAGGCAGAUUUGAUUUCGCUUUGCAGCUCCUCGUUGAUCUGGGCAGAAGAUGGCCGUGUUGUUGUGUGUUGGUAUUAUUGGCUGAACAGGAGAGUUUUACAGUCUGUUUCCACCAUAAAAAGAGAUGAGUGUGAAAAUCCAAACUCUGAGUGAGUGUGUGUGUGUGUGUGUGUGUGUGUGUAUGCGCACGCUCAUCCACCUCCCACUCGUUGCUUCUCGAGUACGGUGGUGUAUCUUCACCCUGCUGCCUUCGCCCACACACACUCACUGCUGCUGCUGCCAUGUGGUUAGUGUGUGUUUGUGUGUGCGCACGUGUGUGUGUGUGUGUGUUAUGAUGAUGAUGAUGAUGAUGAUGAUGAUGAUGAUGAUGGUGGUGUCUUCACCCUGCAGAUCAUCUUUUAUCUGUUUUUCAAAGAGCUGCAGGAAACACAAGAAAUCCAGAGUGAGUCAGAAACAUGAGCUCCAUCUGAACCCCCAUACUGCAAAACACACACACACACACACACACACACACACACACACACACACACACACACACACACACACACCUCUAUAUGACUGUGAAUGAGUUAAAGAGAUCAGAGGUUGUGAAUGGGAGAGUCUGAAUGAGACAGACCAGAUCUCAGAUGGUCCUUAUUUGGAUUUUCUUCAUUAGUCAGGGUUCGAGUUUUUACUGCUCCAUCAGUCCUGUUAGGGAUAUUUUUUUUUUCAUAGGAUGGUAGGGAAAAGUCCCGCCUCCUUCGCCUCUGAUUGGCUGUGAAACAUCAUCACACGCUCAAGCCAAGCGUGGGCUGUCGGCUCUGUACAUCGAACAGAACAUUAUCGAAAUUCUAAAUCUCCUAACCCUAUUGCAAAAAAAAAUAUUGCAUCCUGUUAGCAUGCUAGCUACAGCUCCAUCCUCUGCUGCAGUCAUGCUGCCCGAGAACAGCGCCCUCUGGUGACGGGCUGCAGUAUAGGUCAUAAAUCCCGCCUCCUUAUGGAGCUGUGGACAAACUUUAUAAACUAAUGACACAGAAUAUAAAUGUUUCUCCCUCCUGGUUGUGAUGUUGACAUGUAGUUACUGUCAGACUGGUUUGUGCUCAAGUCCUCUUUUUCCUGUACAGCUCCAUUUUUAAAAGUUAUUAGGGGGUUCACGUUGUCUAUGAUUGACACUUGAUACAGCCUUUGGGCGUACAGAGAUUGCGUAGCUCACCGCCCGGGGGAUAAGCGGUUUGAGCCGUGCGUCAUCACAGCGACUCUCUGUGACUCUCCUGCCAAAUGCGUUUAACGCUAUUACGCAAUGUUGGUUUCAAGAAGUGGAGAAAAAACACGGAAUUACCGAGAACUUUUCAGCUUCAAAUCCGUAUACUGGAGGAAGGAGAAACCAAGUUGUCCAAAGUAAAUACAGGCUAUGGUCUUUCUAGAUAAGCAGCUCCAGGUUUCAGGACCAGCUGGUUUGAUGGUACCUGGUAUUACAGAUGAGGCUCAUGAAUACUUGAGGAAUUAAAAUAUAUUUGUAUUAAAUCAGUUUUAAAAACCCUCUGUUAACUAAAGGUUCAUUCCUCUCAACAUGUAGAAACUAGUUUGAAAGUUUAGAGCAGCAGUUUUUUUGUUUUUUUUUAUCUUCAUGACAGAGUUUGAACUUGAUGACUGAUUCUCAGAGACAGUUAUUGAUCAGACUCUUCCUCCUCCUCCGGUCUUCUUCUGGACUCUUUGUCCUCUCCGUCCUCUCUGUCCUCGCUGCGGUCCAAUCAGCUCGUGCUCUCUUUUUUUUUAUGUGUUUCGGUUUGCUAUCUUUGUUUUUCAUCAUGCUGCUUUUAUUGCCUUGCUCCUGUGUUUUAUCUCUGUACAAAUAAAGCAGGAGUGAAAUCAUAAACCUAUUACAGCCUCUCCAGAAGCAAUAUAUAUGAGAGGGGAACACAAUCUGAAAAACAACAACAUGUUUGUGUCUGGACGACUGCAGAUAAUCCACACCUUCCUCUCCUCCAGGUUCUCUGAUUAAAAAAACUUUCAAUAGAACAAUUAAUAGUUCCUUUCUCCGGGGAAAUCUGUGAAUUCAUUCACUAACAAGCUCUUAUUAUCCCACGGGGAGUUACUGCUGAUGAGUAGGAGGAACCGAGGAGAUAAACCUGAUCACAAACAAACAAAAACUUUUUCUCUGAGUGAUAAAAGAGGAUCUUCAGCUGGAAUGCAGAUGUGAGGCAGCCUGGACCUGAUCUAAACCAGAGUGAAGCCUCAGUAGUAAGAGGGAAACAGUCAUUAUAAUCUGUUUUGGUCUGUCUAGGAAAACUUAAAGUUGCUUGUUUUUAAAAAAAUAAUCUCAUAAAAACAUAUUUAAAACCUUUCUUCUUCUGGUUCUGAUUGUUCUAUUUCGGUUCUUCUUCUUCUUUUUAACUUCCACCUCAAACGUAGGAGAUGCAGCCAGAGUAGCUCCACCAGCCUGGAUGUGCACUUUGGUUGCAGAGAGUUAGUGAGUCUGCAGAGCACUUUAGCAUCAACAUUAUUUAUAAGAACAAGAAGGGAAGCAGCCAUUUCCUCUAAAGAACAGGAUGUAUAUGAGCCUGAGAGCCAGGGCAGCGAGCGGCGGCCUUCUAACACAGCCGGGAUGGAAUUAUAGACCAUCUCCACGCAUGGCAUACGCUGUUAAUGUUUUAAUAGACGGGGGGUGGAAAAGAGGAGGUGCAAACAGAGAAACAGAAAAUCUAAUUAGAAAGAAGAAGAAAAGAUUCUCACCAACUUCACACAGUCCGUUUCCAUGACACUCGAGAAACCGAAUUCUCGCCUUACUCUGAUAAAGACCGGACAACUGAAGUGCAUGUAAACACCUUAGUUUGACUAUGACACCCAGAUACUGCGAUUGGAAUUCGAUUGUCUUUAACAUGUAACCAGCGUAAUCGGAGUAUGAUCGGACUAUGCAUGUGCAUGAGCGCCACGCCUACGUAACCACGGAACAAAAACACCAGAGAAGAGGAGUAGUGUGCAUCUCAUCUGCAGAAAAAGUAGUGCGUCCAUCAUGUAGAACAAAAACGCUGUACGAUGCUCCAUCUUCUUGUUUCUCCAAAAUGCCCAGCAGCAGUUGUAGACACUUCUGACGUCUGGCACGGACCUGCUGUUGUUGUUGACGGUUGUAUGGGGUCGGAAACAGCACCACUGAAAACACCCAUAUCGCCCCCCAGUGUAGGUGAGGAGGACAAGUUUACGUCAAUAAUUUGAUUUUCUCAGCUGCAUGUAUAUGCGGACAAGGAGAGAAGUCUAAUUCGGCAAAAAAAACAAAAAAAAAAACAAUUAUGAGCUUAGUCUGAUUAAACUGUGCAUGUAAACACACUGAGGGUCUGAGUUUUCCUCCAGCUGUAGAUGUAGGUCUGUAGAUGAAGGUCUGUAGAUGUUGGCCUGUAGAUGUUGGUCUGGAGAUGUUCCCUGAUUUUAAACCUCUCUCCUCACCAACCAUCAUGAGGAGGGUCUGGGUUUUCCUCCAGCUGUAGAUGUAGGUCUGUAAAUGAAGGUCUGUAGAUGAAGGUCUGUAGAUGUUGGUCUGGAGAUGUUGGUCUGGAGAUGUUGGCUUGUAGAUGUUGGUCUGUAGAUGCAGGUCUGUAGAUGUUAGUCUGUAGAUGUUCCCUGAUUUUAAACCUCUCUCCUCACCAACCAUCAUGACCUUCGUUCCCCUGAGCAUGGUGCAGAUCAUCAGACACAUCUACCUGUCAACUGAAACUGCUGAUGUCAUUAUUAUAGACCUUCGAGAAACGCCCUCAAAUUCAGACUAACCCCCAAUUUCCAUUGUAUCCGGAAUGGCUUCGAUCCAGAACGGCUGUGAUUUUUGCCAGCCGCUAGUUCCUAUUUCGUUAUAAUUUUCAUUGAUGAGAGCAACACUGUUGUUGACUUUGUUGUCACAUUUUAGAGCAGGGAUGAAUUUGUCAUUUGGUCCCUAAAUAAUGCUAGCAGUCCCCCAAGGAUCCUUCCUCUGCUCUUUUAAACUUCGUACAAACACAGUAGUUCGGGACUUGGUGUGUGCAUGACGACAGCUGCCGAUUCUCUGUCACAUGAUGAUGUCACAUGAUUAUCUGUGUGUGUGUGUGUGUGUGUGUGCGUGCGUGCGUGCGUGUGUGUGGUUAGAUGGUAAACCGGUACGUGAAUCCUGUCCGAAUCUCAGACAGUAUUGGCCUGUUAACCCUGUCCAUCUCCAGGAAUUUCUUCCAGUCUCUCAUUCUUUGUGCUCACUCUGUCCCACUGCUUCACUAACACACACACACACACACACACACACACACACACACACACACCUGCUCCUCCUUUCACUUCUCAGCUGCAGAAAUAUUUACCCAGGAUUUCUACUGUAUCCGGAAUGGCUCCACGCAUGGCUAACACAGUGAUUUUUGUCGUCCGCUAAUUCCUACCGUAUCCUUUUGUGAGGCGAAUUCCGUGGCGGAUUACGGACAGCAGGAAUCGCGAGAACUCACCAGAAUCCGCGGCUUCACGUUCAAUUGCGUGAUAACGAGUUGUCACUAUAAAGACAGCCACAUAGACAUAUAAGCAGUAGAUCGUGUCCUUCCAGAGGAGGAAAUCUACUUCUAGACUUCUAGAAUCAGCAUCUCUUCAUCCAUGGUGUCAUAGGGGUGAAAUGACGUCUAGCCAAAUGUUUUAUUUUGUGUUUGUGCCCGACGUCCUUUCCAGCACGGGUUAAUCUGUGCUGAAUUUGUCCGGCAUGCUCCGGCGUCCAAAACAAAUAGAACUCUUGCGAUCAGCUGUGGAGUCCGGCGAUCCGCAGAGGAAUGUAAAGAAGCUGGUGGAAAUUGACACGUUAACUUGAAUGGUUACGAUCAGCUACGAUCAGGGGAUAUGGGCUUUUUGUAGACGUUCAGGAUGAGGUGGAAAUUGAGGGUUAGGCCUUUUUUACAUGAAGGUCUAUGGAGACAGACUUACUUCUGGAGACACCCCCAAGUGGUCCUUCAGGGAAUUGCAGUUUUGGGGACUUCUUUGUUUUUACUCACUUUCUUUUGCUCAGCGUUUGUUAGAUUUGGAUCAGUCAGCACUUCGAUGUAAGUCAUCCUGGUCUGUGUGGUUCUGGUUCUGGAGACCAGUUUGUCUAUUUCAGCAGGUUAGCGCUCACCUGACACAGAACUGCACUUCUAGAUAUGCUGCUCACACUCCCAGCAUAGAUCUGCAGCAGCAUAGAUCAGCCGCUCAUUAUUACAAGGCUGCUGCUGCCAAGGUGUAAUCGAUCGCAGGUUAUUGAUCAGUUUCUCAGCAGACUGGCCCUGAGAGGACAGCAGCUGGUUCCUCCUGUUAUGGAUCUGUGGUCUCAACCCAGCAGGACAGGAUAGCUGUACGGUAUAUAGGACCUGCUGAUUUCCUGAACCCCCCCAUUCUCAUCUAGGUCAUCAGGUUUUCACUGUAGCUGAAGUUCUGGUUUCAUACUUUAGGCCUGGACUUCUUUUACCCUGAGGCAUGAUGGGAAUGUGAGUCCACACAUUUGCUGUUGUGUGGUUUAGGUAACAGGUCAAACUUGUAUAAUGUAAAGUUACACACAGAGACAUGACAUUCAGCAGGGCCAGGUCAUUAUGUAAUCUGGUUAUUAUCAGAGCAUGAUAAUAUGAGAAAAGAUGAUAAAUUAUUCAUGUCUGUGGAAACUGCAGCUUCAUGAUGAUGUUGGAGACACACUUGAAAAUAACGACUUUCUUAUUAUCAGACCGCUCUCAUUUUCUUUAUAGUGAAAAUCAAAAGUACUUUCAUCACUCCCACUCCCUCCUUUUGUUUUUUUUCUCACAGACUCCAUCACUCACAGCUUCUCUGUUUUCCUCAUGUGAAACUAUGCUAACCCUUCACCAACAGACUCUCAUGGUGGUGGUCUCAGAGAGAGUCCUCUGAGACUUUAACCUGAUCUUACAGAGACAGACAUUUGGAAAUAUUGAAUAUGUAAAUAUGUUGGACUAAUUUGUGUUUUUGGUGUCUUGUUGACUAGUGUUGUUUUUGUCGGCCUGGUUUAAUUUUUGUUUUAGUCCUUGGCUAUGUUCACACUGCAGGUCAAUUCCGAUUUUUUUAACCAUAUGUAACACAUAUCUGAUUUUUAUUAUGUAAGUGUGAACAGUGCAAUUCUGAUUUUUUCAAAUCCGACCCAGGCCUCUUUUGUAUGUGGAUAUGAAUCGGAUAGGUAUCCAAUGUGACUGCAGUGUGGACGCUCAGGUCGCGUUCAUCUGAUGUAUACAUCAUCAAUAUGUGACACAUGUCACCAUUGUUCAACAAACCAAACUGGUGCGGAAAGCAAUUUGUGCUUUGUGCACAUGUGAGUCACUUCACUGAUGCAUUCCAUUCACUUUAGAUGCCACAUUAGUUGUUUUAAUGUGAAUGACCACACAAAAAGAUUGGAUAUAACAAAAAUCUGAAUUGUGCAUCAUAACCUGCAGUGUGAACGUAGCCUUUGUGUCAAACUGUCAUUUUAGUUUUUAUAGUUUUAGUCACGUUCAAAGUCACGUUCAUUUUAGUUUUAGUCAGAAUAACCUAUGACUAUUUCAGUCUAGUUUUAGUCAAUGAUUUUAAUCUCUAUUUAGUAAUAUACUUCUGUUUAACCCAGUUAAUAUAGUAUAAUUACCUGGUAUAGUAUAAAAUAGAUAAAACCAUUUUUUUCUUUUAGUCAAACCCAUUCUACAAAUCAAACAUGGUUAUCUUUUUAUUAUAUUAUCACCUUAUAGACUCAAGAAAAAACAUCCAUUCCAGACGUGGAAGAUGCUCUGAGCAGACUGCUCACACACAAGCUAGACACGCACACACACACACACACACACACACACACACACACACACACACACACACACACACACACACACACACACACACACUAGGCUGGACAGUGCAAAAUAGAAAGUGUCCUUACAUCAGUGUCUUAACUUACCUCGAAUUCAGCAUGGAAGAUUGCAUUUCUCCCUUUUUCUUUUUCAACGACACAUUCCGUUUUGUUUUCCACUUGUUUGUAAUUAAAGUGUCUCCAAAUAUCAUUUUUCAUUCUUUUUCCCCAACAACUUGGCCAUGACUCCAAUACACCCAAAAUCAUCUUUACCUCACCGCUUCUAAAAAUACGGCGAGUUAGGGGAUUGAGGAUCUGACGUCGCUGAGGAAACAGAAAACAGUAACAAGGCAACUAAACGAUUUCAUCUCGUUUUAGUCAACAAAAAUGAAGAGACACUUUAGCAGAGUUUAAAUUUUGUAAACCACGUUUAGUCUCAUUUUUAUUCAACAACAAUAUUGCAUUAUAGAUUUCGUUAUAGUUAUCGUCACAAGACCACCAUAUAUAUUUCCUCUUGAAGACUCCAAAAUCAGGCAACUGGAUUGUUGCCUGAUUUUCAAGAAAACCAUAACCUGGAUGAAUGAGAAUCUACAUGGACAUAUACAUUUCUUCUCGUCUCGUCUACUUUUCAAGUGAUAAAAGUUUGUUGAUGAUGUUAUUUCAUCAAAAUUUUCAUUGAUGAGAGCAACACAGUUGUUGACUUUUACACAGUUGUUGUCACAUUUUAGAGCAGGGAUGAAUUUGUCAUUUGGUCCCUAAAUAAUGCUAGGAGUCCCCCAAGGAUCCUUCCUCUGCUCUUUUAAACUUCGUACAAACACAGCAGUUCAGGACUUGGUGUGUGCAUGACGACAGCUGCCGAUUCUCAAGCACAUGAUGAUGUCACAUGAUUAUCUGGAUUAUCUGUGUGUGUAUGUGUGUGUGUGUGUGUGUGUGCGUGCGUGCGUGUGGUCAUGUGGUGAACCGGUACGUGAAUCCUGUCCGAAUCUCAGACAGUAUUGGCCUGUUAACCCUGUCCAUCUCCAGGAAUUUCUUUCAGUCUCUCAUUCUUUGUGCUCACUCUGUCCCACUGCUUCACUAACACACACACACAGAGGAACACAAAGAAGCCGGUGGAAAUUGGAUGGAUAGAUAGAUAGAUAGAUAGAUAGAUAGAUAGAUAGAUAGAUAGAUAGAUAGAUAGAUAGAUAGAUAGAUAGAUAGAUAGAUAGAUAGAUAGAUAGAUAGAUAGAUAGAUAGAUAGAUAGACCUUCAUUGUCCCCAGGGGCAAAUUCAUUUUCACAGACACUGGCAUAGACCUUGACAUUGUGCUCUCUCUGUCCCUCUGCUUCACUAACACACUCACACACACACACACACACACACACACACACACCUGAUACUCCUGUCACUCCUCAGAUGCCUAGGCCCGCCCUCCUCCAGGUGAGCUUGCUGUUUGAAGGUCGAACACGCUACUCUCUGGAUCUGCUUCCAGAGAGUCUGACAUCCGACAUGCCUACAUGACACACACACACACACACACACACACACACACACACACACACACACACACACACACACACACACACACACACACACACCACACAUAACACAUAACACAGACAGAUGUACACACACACUCAUACCUGAUGAAUAAGUCUGUUAUCGUGGUUACCCCUGAAUUUGUUCUUUAAGGCGGUUUUGUUGGUCGGGGAUAUUAAUCCAAUUAAAGUCUGAUUUCAUGUGUGUGUGUUUUGGAGACAGAUGGUCUGUAAUACUGUCACACACUCAUAUAUACAGCAUAUAUACUGUGUGUGUGUGUGUGUCUCCGCUCAGACCAGUUGAAAUCUCUCUCCCUUUAUGUUUCAGUUUUUCAUUGAAGUUUGUGAAGUUUUUUGUCCCUUUUUUCUCUCCGUACUUUGAUCCCCUCUGGAUUAAAGGGCGUCAUGUUGAGACGGCGUCGGCGUUCAGAUUAAAGAUGUCACUCCACCUGAAACGUUUUAAUAUCAAACUGUCUCCUCCUGGGAUUUAAACUUUAAAAAUGUUUGUACUUUCUUUACUUCCCCUCUAAUCUCAAACACAGACGUGCUGACAGAUAUGAAAGUGACGCCGCUCCACUCCCCGCAGGACUCAGACUAAUACGGGUUUAUGAUGCACCCGCACCUGAGCUGACCCGGCCCGGUCUCAGGUGGUCUUUAGAGCAGACAGAAGGUCAUAUCAGGGCUUUGAAACCUGGACCUCAAAGGUCUGAACCUACCUGCUGACCUCCUUUUAUCCCUCAGUCUCGUCUGUCAGGCACUGAAAAAGAGUCAAAGUGGGCGGGGUGUCCCAGCAUCAAAGAUCGGCGCCAGAACCUGGACUGAGAGGGACAGAUGUCAGGAGGAGGUCCAAAGACAGAGGAGCCGUGGUUCUGAUCAGCUGAGAGUCACAGGUUCUGGACAGGAUCAGACUUUCCCUCCUGACUCAGACCGACCUCAGAGAAAUGACCAGGAUUUAUUUCUGGAGAUUUAUAAACGUAAGAAAAACCUGCUGACCAAUCAGAGAGCAGGAGGAGUACAAUGACUUUGUGUGUGUGUGUGUGUGUGUGUGUGUGUGUGUGUGUGUGUGUGUGUGUGACCUACUUUUCCAGAUGACUGGACGUUCCUCAGAGACUAUCUAUCUGUCCACACCUUGGCCUCUUUCUCUCCUUCCUUUCCUUUCCUCCUUCCAUCCUUCCUUUCCUUUCUCUCUCUAUCCUUCCUCUCCCUCCUCCCUUUAUCCUUCCUUUCCUUUCUCCCUCUAUCCUCCCCUCCUCCAUCUCUCCAUCCUUCCUUUCUUUUCCUUUUCUUACUCUAUCCUUCCUUUCCGUUACUCCCUGUAUCCUUCCUUUCCUUUCCUCCCUUAAUCCUUCCAUUCUUCCUUUCUUCUUCUCCCUUUCUUCUCCCUUUCCUCUUCCAUCCCUCCUUUCCUUUUCUCUCUCUAUCCUUCCUUUCCUCUCUUUAUCCUUCCUUUCCUUUCCUCCCUCUAUUUCUUCCUUUUCUUUUAUCCCUCCAUCCUUUCUUUCCUUUUCUCCCUCCAUUCUUCAUUUACUUUACUCCCUGUGUCCUUCCUUUCCUUUACUCCCUGUGUCCUUCCUUUCCUUUACUCCCUGUAUCCUUCCUUUUUCUUUACUCUCUAUAUCCUUCCUUUUCUUUUCUCUCUUCAUCCUUCCUUUCCUUUCUCCCUGCUAUCAUUCCUUUUCUUUCUUCUCUCAAUCCUUCCUUUCCUUUCUCCUGCUAUCCUUCCUUUCCUCUUCUCCCUCAAUCCUUCCAUUACUUUCCUUUUCUUUCUCCUUCCAUCCUUCCUUUUCUUUCUCCCUUCUUCAUUCCUUUCCUGUUUCCUUUCAUCCUUCCUUGCUUAUCUCCCACUAUUCUUCUUUUCAUUUCCUUCCCCAUCCUUAUUUUCCCUCUAUCAUUCCUCUCCUCUUCUCUAUCUAUCCUUCCUUUCCUUUUUUCCAUCCAUUCUUUCUUUCUUUUUCUCCCUCUAUCCUUAAUCUCCUUUCCCCACUCUAUCCUUCCUUUCUCUCCCAUCCUUCCUCCAUCCUUCCUUUUCUUUCCUCGUUCCAUCCUUCCUUUUCUUUUCCCCUUGCUCCUUUAAUAUUUCUUUCCUCCCUCCUUCCUUCCUUCCUUUGCCUCCAUCCAUCCUUCCUUUUCUUUCCUUUUCUCCCUCCAUUUUUCCUUUCUUUUCUUCCUCCAUCCUGUCUUUCCUUUCUCCCUUCAUCCUAUCUUUCCUUCACCAUCCUUCCUUCCCUCCCUUCAGCUUUCCUUUCCUCUCUUCCUCCAUCAUUCCUUUCCUUUCUCCCUCCAUUCUUCCUUUCCUUUCUCACUCCAUUAUUCCUUUCCUGUCCUCCCUCUAUCCUUCCUUUCCUUUUCUCCCUCCCUCCUUUCUUUUCAUUCUCUUCUCCUCCCUCUUUUUUCCUUCCUCUCCUUCAUCCCUCUCUUCUCUUUUGUUGUCUUUUCCCGCCCUGAGGAUCUCCGAUGAUGGUUCUCCGGGUCUCGGGAGACCAGCCUUUUAGUUGUGAUAAAAACUCAGUUCUCAUUGGUACCUAAAUUGAAAUAAUCAGUUCAAAGUUCAUUAGUCCCUGGAGGAGGAGACGUCUGUUAAGAUAAAUUAUUUUAAUUUUAUAUUCUGGUUCUGCUCAGAGUCAAACGAUUAAACCAUGGCACCAGAACUGAGCUGAAGACAUAAAACAAUCCGUGCAUCAAGUCAGAGACCCAGUUCUGAUGAAACCAGAAAACAUCCUGAGUGGUACAGUAGAGUUUUUAUAUCAGGGUUUACUAGAUAUUUAUUCUUAUUAUUAUUUAUUAACCAGGUAAAAAAUAAAAACCAAUUUAGAUCCAGAUCUGUUACAAGAUCUCGUUACAACAAAAAUAAUCAUAAUAUAAUUUAUACUUUAUGUACUUAAUGGAUACUGCAGUAACAGGUUGUACUGUGAAUACCUGAGGAUCCUGUUGGACACAUGAAGGAGAAGUAACCCUCCCUCAAGUCCCCCCAGUCCUCCCUUCUCCCCCGUCCUCCCCCAUCCCCCCUGGUCUGCCCCCGUCCUCCCCCUCUCUCCUGACCCGAAUUGCUGCAGCUGCAGUCUGAGGGAGCGAGGUUUAGAUAAACAGAUAAAAUGAAAGAGAGAGAGGCAGGGAACGUUUCCUCUCAUCAAUUAUUACCUCUCAGCGUCUCAGUCUUUCCUCCUCCUCCGUCUCCUUCUUAUUUUCUCCUUCCUCAUUUUCUUUAUUUAUUUCAUUUUUUUCUUUAUAUUUUCCCUGAAUUCUCUUUUUAUUUAUUUCUGUUUUCUUUUUCAUUUUUCUCCCUUUUGUUUUUCCUUUUUCCCCCUUUUUUUCCAUUCCUUUAAUUUUCCUUUUUUCAUCCUUUACAUUGGAUCUGUAUCUCUAUUUGUAAUUUACUUUUCUUUUACCCUUUCUUUCUUUUUACGCUCAAUCACUUUUCUUUUUUCUUUCUUUCACCCCCCUCCUUACCCUUGAUCCGUAUCUCCAUUUAUAGUUGACUUUUUCUUUUAACCUUCUUUUCUAUUUUUUUACUUUUCUUUUUUCUCUUGUUUUUAUUUAUUUCUCUCUCUUUUUUCUUUUCUGUUUCACCUUCUCUUUCCUCUCAUUUUCUCAUUUUAAUCUUUUGUUUUUAUAUCUUCCUUUUUACACCUUUUUCCUUUUCUCUUCCCUUACUUUUAUUUCCUUUUCUCCCUCCUUUCCUCAUCCCUUCUCAACCUCUCUCUUUAACUCUUGUUUUUUGAAUUUAUUUCUUCUUGACCUUUUCCUUCUUCCUUUUCUCUUGUUUAUUUCUCUUUCUUUUUUCUCUCAUUCCUCAGCUUCCAUUUUUCCUUCCCUUUUCCCGAUUUUUGUCUCUUGCACGCUUCUUUACCCUUCUUUUUUCAUUCUCUCUCCAUCUUCUUGUGAUACAAAAUAAAACAUUUAACACACAUCAUGUGAUAUUUAAACACACUCACACAGAGGAGGAUUGUUUCUGUCGUGUGUGUGUGUGUGUGUGUGUGUGUGUGCGUGUGUGUGUGUGUAGUAAAAAUAAACUCAGAAAAAUGUGGAUUAUGGGAAACGAACAAAUGAAGGAAUAAAGAACAUCAGAAAAAUCCUGAAAGAAUGUGAGAUGGAGUAAAAAAUGAGAGAAUAGACAAAAGAGGGAGAAAACAAGCGCUCCCUCUGGUCAAGGGAUAGUGUGUGUGUGUGUGUGUGUGUGUGUGUGUGUGUGUGUGUGUGUGUGUGUGUGUGUGUGUCUGUGUGUGUCUGUGUGUGCCUGGAGUGUACUUGGUCUGGACCCGUUUGUUCUGAAACGGGUUUAUAAGGAACUGGAACUGGAACUUUAUGGUCCAUGUAGAUGCAGGAACUGGUGUCCUGGAUGACCUGCAGUGGGUUCUAACGUCACAGUCUGAGGACUUGUUACUGUGCCACAGUUAAAUUAGAGUGCAGAUGAACAUGCAGCAGCGUCAUGGUGGCGUACACCGAUGACACUGCACUGACAGUCUAAGAGGAGUCAGCACACAGACAGACGGGAGUGUUCAGAGACGGACUGUGAAUAAAACAUUAUAGAUGAUAAUGGAUUUGAAGUCCUGACCACACUUUACUUUGCUCUGCUCAGAUCACACACGUGAGCGAGGGCGUGAGCGAGGGCGUUUCCUGCAUGUAAAAUACACAGGCGCCUGAUAAACAAAGAGAGACAGGAAGAAGGGAAAACAGAUUCCAUCAGACAUGUGAGCAGGGAGCUAGGAGAGGCUAAAAUUAGAGGCUCUGAAAAUAAAACUCAGCAGAUCAGUCCUGAAAUUACACACACACACACACACACUGGGCUGAUGUGAGUGUGUCCUGAGCAGGUCCGUCCAUCCAUUUUUCUUUAUCUCAGACAUCUCAUCUUUUUCACGUACCAGAAACUUCUGCCUUCCUCAGAAGUGUCACUCAGUGGUCAGUGUGACACGUCAUGUCAGCUGGUGUUACAGAGGCGUGACUCGCUGCGGUUUUACAGAAGUAUCUCGUAGAGUCGAUAGUCCCCUGGUUUUUUUCUCCUAACUGGUGUUUAAUCUUCUGUUUGGACCGGGUCUGGAUCCAUUCUGCUGACUGUACCUUUAAAACUCUUUGACAGAACCGUGGACCGAUGAUCCUGUCUUAGUUUAGCCGAGAAGAACUUGGACUGAACUUCACAGAUGUUGAUCACGGCCUCCAUCACUGACCGCAAACUGAGCUGGAAGACUAAAACCAAGUCGCUGGAUGUCGACAAAUCUUGAUUUUGAAUGAAUGUCGGAGUUUGUUUUAAACUCGGAGAUAACCCCACAGAUCAGAGCACUCAGUUUGGGGGAUAAGGGAUCCGUUAGUCUGUUCUCAGAGUAAAGUUCUGGAUGUUUGUGUGUGAGGCUGAAAGUCUUCUCAGGACAGUUUUCUGUUCUUUCAGGAGCAGAAUAUUUUUAUCUUAGCGGUUUGAGCUUCUCUGGUCUGCAGGAUUUUUUGAUUUCAGUCAUGAAGAUUUUGAUCGGAGCGUCUGAACCUGAGCAGCUGUAAAUAACCACUCCAACUCUGAAAAUAGACCUAGAGUGACUCAGACUUUUAUUUUCUCUCUAUUUAUUGUCCUCUAUCAUUUCAUCCUGCCUUUUUUCUUUACCUUUGUUUAAUUUUGGUCCCUUCCUUUUUUUUUUUUUAUAUCUGUGCUCAUUUUCUCUUUUCAUUUCAAAUCCCUUCAGUUUAAUGUAAUAAAACUCUUCAUUAGACGUUUUUCUGUCUGCGACUCUCUUCUUCUUCUUCUGUGAGAUCAUCUAUAAAAACACUUUCUGUCUUCGGACCCUAUGUCAACUCUGGUACAGAAAAGUUAACUCUUCCUGAACAGAUCUCCUCACGCUGCUUUAGUCACAGGGUCAACAUGAAGUUAGUGAAAACAGUGAGAAAGCAGGAGGAACAGAGUCCACCAAAAAUCCCUUCAUUAACGCAAAGAACCAUCAGCUUCUGUUUCAGGAUCAAACCCCUGAGAGGAACCAAAAAGAAGGACUAUUUACAGAGAAACUGAGACUCUGUAUAGACAACAGGAAACCAGAGAAACUAUUUACAGAGAAACCGAGACUGUAUAGACAACAGGAAACCAGGGAGAUUAUUAACAGAAAAACUGAGACUGUAUAGACAACAAGAAACCAGAGACUAUUUACAGAGAAACUGAGACUCUGUAUAGACAACAGGAAACCAGAGAAACUAUUUAUGGAAAAACUGAGAAUCUGUAAAGACAACAGGCAACCAGAGAGACUAUUCACAGAGAGACUGAGACUCUGUAUAGACAACAGGAAACCAGAGACUAUUUACAGAGAGACUGAGACUCUGUAUAGACAACAGGAAACCAGAGACUAUUUACAGAGAGACUGAGACUCUGUAUAGACAACAGGAAACCAGAGACUAUUUACAGAGAGACUGAGACUCUGUAUAGACAACAGGAAACCAGAGACUAUUUACAGAGAGACUGAGACUCUGUAUAGACAACAGGAAACCAGAGAGACUAUUCACAGAGAGACUGAGACUCUGUAUAGACAACAGGAAACCAGAGAAACUGUGUAGACAACAGGAAACCAGAGAGACUAUAAACAGAGAAACUGGGACUCUGUUUAGACAGCUGGAAACCAGAGAGAUGAUAAACAGAGAAACUCAGGGCUCUAUUUUCAUGUAUGCCGGUGAGGCGGCGGAGGGUGGCGGACCCCGCGCAGUUGUAUUUUCGUCUGGCGGAGCCUGGCGUACAGCCAGUUUGGUAUUUUCGUGGACUGAGGCGCACGGAGGCAAACCAAGAUCCGCCAAGCUGGGCGUGGUGGUGUGGCAGGGGCAGGUGUCGACAGAAUCAGCGGGCGCAGUGACAUUUUCGUGCUCGCCAGUGGUGUGUAAAGUGCGCUGAAAGCUCGCCGAUUCAAACCUCGUCAGCUUUCAGCGCAGGCGGAGCGCAGCUGGUCUAGUAGUAUUUUGGUAGACCGGCAGCGAUCGUCACUGAUGCCUCACCGGCAGGUUUCCACAGUGUCAGGCACAUUUCAGUGCAAUAAAUAAUCAUCAACAACUAUUGAUCUGAGUCAGCACAUACAUUUGGAUCUAUAUAGAUAUAUUCUGAUCUAUAUCUGAUCUGGCACGCGUUUGUACACACAACCUGACCGAAUCAACACAGCUGAAACCGCAUUAAAUUAAAUUAAAUAUCUAGUAAAUAGACACACAUGAUGAAGUCAACAAGAUAUUUAAUUCGUCUCCCUCCUUUUCUUUCUUCCUCUUCUCUUUUUUCUCGCGCAGCUCAACCUGGACACGUCUCCGUGUCCUCUCUCCGUCCUGCUGCAGCGGCUGCACAGAUGAUUUGUUUCAGUGCUCAGAUGAGUUAUCUAAUUUAAGCCGACAUACAGAUAUUAUAAUAUUCAGUUUUGACUCUGUAGACUCUGUAUAGACAACAGGAAAUCAGAAAGACUAUUAACUGAGAAACUGGGACUCUGUUUAGACAACUGGAAACCAGAGAGAUUAUAAACAGAGAAACUGAGACUUAGUAAACACCACAGGAAACCAGAGAAACUUUUAGCUGAGAAACUGAGACUCUGUAUAGACAACAAGAAACCAGAGAGACUAUUCACAGAGAAACUGAGACUCUGUAUAGACAACAGGAAACUAGAAAGACUAUUAACAGAGACACUGAAAUUCUCCACGGACAGACAGAUGACUUAGUUUCUUUUUUAAUGAACUUAGACAGUUGUGUUUGUUUGUUUGUUUGUUUGUUUUUUUUGCUUUUUUGGGGGGUUCUGAUUUCUAAACGGGUCAAUUUCUCUCCCCUCUCCAUACGGACUCAUGGUCUUCUUUCAGGGUUUUUUGUUGAGUCCUAAACCAAACAGUGAAGCUGACAGGAAGUCUGAACUUGAAUCCCAAAAUACAGGUGUGACCAUCUCUGUUGGGGGAAGUCCUAAAAUCUGUCUCUGGACUUUCUAGCUCUUCUGGGUCUUAAGAUUUUUUAUCCACCCAUAUAAAAAAGGAUUAUUAAAGGGAUGACAGGGAAAUCAGAGCUGCUGCUUUUGGAGGUGAUCCUGGUCAAACCAUGGGUCUUUACUCUUUAGGAACAUAAAACAACAAAAAAAAAAGAGGAAAGAAAAUGAGAAAAAACAAGAGAGAAAAAGGAUAGAAGAGUCAGAUCGCCUUCACCAGAGGAGGAGAAAACAUGGAACAACCAUCCCUCCUCCUGCAACUUUCAUCAUCCCUCCAUCAAUUAAACAUGGAGACCAGGAUCACACUGGAGGAGGAGGAGGAGGAAAAGGAGGUGGAGGAGGGGGAGGAAAAGAGGAGAGCAGAGGGAGAAGAAAGGAGGAGAGGCCAUGGAAAACAGGGAGGAGGAAAGACGAGGAGGAGGAGGAGGAGGAAGGUGGGGAGGCUCUUAGCAGGCGGCUGUGACCCAGAAUAGAAGUUUUCAAAGAGGAAAAACGAACCGGAUCAAAGUGGACCGGUCGAUACUGCUGUCCUUGUAAGGAGAAGAGAGGAGGGGAGCAGAGGAGCAGAAAGGAGAAGAGGAGGAGAAGAAAGGGGCAGGGAGGUGAAAAGAGGAGAAGAGAAGAGAGGAGCAGAUCAGAGUUUUACAGUUGGGUCAGAACAGUCCAUUCAGAGACCUCAGAUUGUUCUGAAUAUGGACAUACAAUUCUGACUGAAGUUCUAAAGACCCUGACCCUCAAAGGGACCUUUGACCGUCUACAGAACCACGUCUUUGUUUUGGAGGAGCGUUAGGGUCUCAGGAUGUUGGGCUUUGGACUGCUGGAAUCUAGACUGCUUGGUUCUAGAAUGAGAUGGACUGCUGUCUCAUAGAGUGCCAGGUUCUCUGAUGAUUAGACCUCUAUAGUGUUGGGUUCUGGACUGCUGGAUUUUGGGUAGCUGUGUUCUGGAUAUUUGGUGACUGAAUCCUUAGUCCCUUUCCCCCCUUGAUGUAAAAGGAUCAGUUCUGAGUCAGGAGAAAUUGAACCAGCAGUCCAACCAGCAGAACCUUUUGGACUCCUGAGUUGACUUAGACCAAGUCCUCUGGUCCCCUGAAACUAUUGGGCCUGAGAUCCAUCAGCCUGCACACACUCAGUAUGUUUACAUGCACAGUUUAAUCGGACUAAGCUCAUAAUUGGUUUUUUUCUCUGAAUUGGACUUCUCUCCUUGUCGGUGUAUACAUGCAGCUAGGAAAAUUAAAUUAUAGACCUGAACGUGUCCGCCCCAAAACUAGGGGGCGAUUUGGAUCUUUUCAGCGGCGCUGUUUCCGACCCCAUGCAACUGUCAACAACAACGGCAGGUCCGUGCCAGAUGUCAGAAGUGUCUACAACCGCUACUGGGCAUUUUGGAGCAAGAAGAUGGAGCAUCGUACAGCGUUGUUUUUGUCCUACAUGAUGGACGCGCGACUUUUUCUGCAGAUGAGUGUUUUUGUUCCAGGGUUACGGGGGCAUGGUGCACGCGCAAAUGCAUUGUCUGAUCAUACUCCGAAUACGCUGGUUACAUGGUAGAGAAAAUUGAAUUCCAAUCGCAUUAUCUGGGUGUCAUAAUCAGAGUUCUCAAACUCCGAUUAUAGUCGGACUAAGGUGUUUACAUGCACUUCAGUUGUCUGGUCUUAAUCGGAAUGAGGCGAUAAUUCGGUUUUCUCGAGUGUCAUGGAAACAUACUGACUGAUCUCUGCUGACCCGUUAACAUGCUCAUGUUAACAUAGCCUCCUGCUGUGACUGUGGUUCCCCCUUUGGUCCUGAUGAUGUCUUUGUUUGGAGCUGAACCUUUAGAUUCUCCGAAGUUAGCUUAAGUAAAGAACCGAACCAGGAGCUCAGUUUCUCUGCUGGAUCCUCCACAGAGUCUUAUCAACUCAGCUGAUGUGUCUCAGAUCUCUUCUUCUUUUCUUCUUCUUCUCCUUCUCUGAUCUCAGAUGAAUCGUCCUUCUGACUCUUGUCUAAUUAAACUAAUUACCUGUCCCUCAAUUAGAUUCUGAUUGGCUGGUUGGUCCAUUACAGGUGGGAGAUAAGGAUCGGUCUGCGUAUUCGAUUGGCCGACUCGGCACUAAUGGAUUCCUCUCUUUCUCUCUCUCCGUAAUGUUUUUCUGAGAUCCGUCUGUAAACUCUCUCUUUCUUUCUCUUCCUCUCUCUCCCUCCUGCCCGCUUGCUCGCUCGCUGCAGGAUGACAUAAUCGUGACCAUGAAAUAUUCAAAGUACUGAGAGAACCGCUCAGGAGAAGCGGGCCGACCCGGUACUCAGGAGACCACCCCUCUUUUGUUAGACCUUUAUUUAUUACGACGGUUGAGUCCAGCCCCUCAGAGAGGUCCAGGCUUCGCUCAGUCGGCAGUCUAAGGACGUUAACUGACCCUGGUCAGCCAUGUUUGUUGACGGUCUCCUCUGUCUGUGGGCAUGUGGCCAGACCGAAGAUCUCCUCACUGUGGGAUCUGAGCUCCUCCUCUCGAGGUCCAGGAUAAGACUGGUCUUCUGCAGAGCCUCUUAUAUGAUUAGAUGAUGAUUAUUGAUGAUAUUGAUUAUUAUUCACCUCUGCUAAACUCACCUGCACUCACACCCAAGUCCACAGAGAUGUCAAAAGCACAAACUUGUUUUUUUAUCUUCAUUUAUUAUCGUAUUUUAUUUCUCAUUAAAACCUUUGAACACUUUUGUUCUGUUUGACUUUAAAUCUGGACUUUUAUCAGUUUCUGUUCUGAUCCAUAUUUCAGAUUACGCUCUGAGAGAUGAGGGCGGAGUUUAAAUUUGAAAAAAGGAAAAAAUGACGAUUUCUGAGGAACUGUUUUUAUCCUUUCUUUCUUUCUUCUUUAUUUUUCUCAAACUUUAGGAACAGAAAAAAAAUAGAAACAAAAACACUAAACAAAAUUAUACAUCUGUACACCAAACAACUGUACAUGUCAAAGAUAAAUUUACACUAACUAGUUUGUCAAAAUGAAACAGUUUGCGAAGGAACAGAAUGCAGCAAAGAGAUGAUCUAGUCCUGACCCUUCCUUGCAAAUUAGAGAUUAUUAUUAUAUAUAUACAUAUAUAUAUAUAUACAUAUAUAUAUAUAUAUAUAUAUAUAUAUAUAUAUAUAUGUAUUUGUAUAAAUGACAAAGAUUUGUAUAAAUACCUACAUAUUAUACACAAAGAUAUCUGCUCAACACUACAUAGAUUACUUAUUUGCCCAUUAUAAUAAUAAUCAGUGUUAUAAUAUUCAGAAAUAAUAUUACUAAUAUUCCUUUUAUACUUUUCUAUAGUUUGAUUGAAAUAUUUUGAUGUUAUUGGACGUGAUCUGAGGUUAAAGUCGGCUGACGCAGGAGGACCUCUGUUUAUCUCUCUGACCUCUGAUCCUCUCCUCAGAUACACGUCCAGAUCUUCCCUCUCCCUCCUCCUCCUGACCUCUUUGUUCAUCUCUCCUUCUCCUCUUUCCUCUCAUCUGUCCUCGCUCAACCUCCUCCUUCUCCUCCUCCUCCUGGCUCCAUGUCAAACCACCACUCCAUGUUGUCCUACUGCAGGACGAAGACUUGGCUUGGGUGCCUGCAGAUAAUGACCCCGGAGAAGGAGGGAGGGGGGGUAAAGGAAAUGAACAGAGGAGGAGAGAGAGUAUGGAGGGAUGAAGAGGGGAAGAAAAUAAAACCCCCUCCUCCUCCUCCCUCCACUAACCAGCUACAAGCUCUCUAAUGCUGCCAUCCAUUAUUUAACAUUAGCAGCUCCCAGCUCACACACACACACACACACACACACACACACACAUACACACACACACACACACACACACAGCUGGUUUAAUCGCCCUUCUGCAGUCACUAACUCUGACAUUUUAAGGUCUAACUUAAAUCCAGCUCUGGUGUACUGCCCCCUGCUGGUCAGAAGAUUUCUAAACAGGAGGAGUCACGCUGGUUCUGAAGGACGUUCAUGUUCCAAAAUGUUGGGUUUCUUUGAUAGAGUACUGGUUCUGGAAUGUUUGGAUCUAAGGCUAUGUUCACACUACAGGUCAAUUCCAAUUUUUUAACCAUAUGUGACACAUAUCUGAUUUUAAGUGUGAACGGUGCAAUUCUGAUUUUUUUAUAUUUAUAUAUAAAUAAAAUUUGAUUUGAUUGAUUGAUAGGUCACCCGGGGGAUAUGCUGUUUUAGCCGAGCGUCAUCACAGUGACUCACCCACCGAUUGCGUACAACGCUACUGCGCAAUGUUAGUUUCAGGAAGUGGAGAAAAAACACGGAAUUACCAAGAACUUUUCAGCUUCAAAUCUGUAUACUGCAGGAAGGAGGAACCAAGUUGUUCAGAGUAAAUACAGGAUAUGGUUCAAGAAGGAGUUAUCGUUCUUCUUCACACUCAGCUCUGUCAGGAGAGAAGAACAAGUUUAAAACCAGAGGAAUCCAAGUUUAACACACACACACACACACACACACACACACACACACACACACACACACACACACGUGCAGCAUCAAAAUUAAUUUAUGUUCCAUUAAAGGUGCAUUACGUAUAAUGCAGGCUGUAAACUCAAGGUUGCUGCGGAUUUACUGCUGCUCACUGACAGUAAACACACACACACACACACACACACACACACACACACACACACACACACACACACACACACACACACAGUGGUAACCAAAUGCUUUAUAGCUGCAGGGAGGUGUGUCUAUGUGUGUCUUUUUUUCAACACGUUUUUUUCUUAUCUUUUUUUUUUUUUUUAGAACAAACAUCUACUGUCACACACGUGAUUCAGGGAACAGAUAAAGUAACCUUUGACCUUUGACACACACGUCCUCAGUUUCUCUCCAGUUUUAUAAAGUGUUUUUGGUUUUGUUGGUACGAGCACAGCUCUGGUUUCUGCUGUUUCUCCUCCACCUUAGAUGUCUAAAAGUGUCAGUCACAGUGAACAGAGAUCAGCCGUGAGAGCUGAGAGUCCUGAGAUGAAUAACUGAGAUGAUGAAGAGGGGGAGAUGAUGAUGGUUUUUAAAUUCUCUCUGUUUCCUCACACCUCUGCUGCCCUGUAGGUCUGAUACUGCGGGUGUCCCUCAGGUGCUGUAACCUGGUGAAUUUUGCUGCAGCUGUGUGUGUGUGUGUGUGUGUGUGUGUGUGUACGCUGCAGUCAGCAGCUGUCUGACGAUCUGCUCGGCUGUUGGUUCUCACAGUUUCAUCCAUCUGCAGUUUUCUCUUCAUUUCCAACCAGAACCUCCUGAGAAGAAGUUGUUAAUUGUAGAUCAUUUCAAACAGAAACACACAUUCACUCAGUACGUUUCCAUGACACUCGGGAAAACCAAAUUAUCGCAUAAUUUCGAUUAAAGGUCCUUACACACAGGGGCCGACGCAAAUAUAGAACGCGAAAUUACAAAAUAUUCGGAGGCGAAUUUUGAUGUGCCUGACUAUACACAUCAAGCUCAAGGCGAUUUUGCGACUUUCCGGGGGGGAAAAGACAGGUCCUGGGUGGAAGUGAGAAGACUGACCCAACAGCAGACUGAGGGCUCUAUUUUCGUGCCUCGCCAGAGACGUGGCGCAGGUGCGGCAUAAGUCAGGUCUGCCGCGCCAACAAGGCGUUCCCAAGCACAAUUUGGUAUUUUGGAAAGCGGCGCAGCCCAGCGUAAGUAUCCCCUCUCCCUAACUCAGCUCCUCCGAGUGGCGUAAGUCGUAGCGAGGGAGGAGAGAGGGCGUGUAGUGGGUUUAACACAGCCGAGACCUGUAUUGACCAACAACAUCAGCUCCUCUCCUCGCCUUUAAAUCCGCCACCGGCGAGGCGUAUUACUAUUUUCGUGAAGUAGUCAAAGAGAUGUCUGAAGACAGUAAUGCCACACGAUGGCGACAGAAGGCAGCCCCUCAACAAGUGACGCUGUAAGUGCUGCAGAGGGCGUCCUUCACACUGAGCACAGACGGAUUUCGUGUGUGUAAUGUUGGACCCACUAGUAAGACAAACACCCUUUCCACAAAUAAAAACACUCACAUAAAGUUGCACAUAUUCAAACCUCACGUGAAAAAGGUGGGUUGUGCGCAGAGAUCACAUCAUAAAUUCCAAUUAUGGCAUUAAAAUCGAAACCAUCUGUGCGUAAAGGACGCAUUGCGCACCUUUCUUUCAUAGAUGUUGGCAUAUAAAAUAAAUUUGGCUCACAAAACUGAAUAUUAUAAUAUUCACAUGUAGGCUUAAAAUAAAUAACUCACCUGGGGCCUCAUGUAUCAACACUUGGGACUCAUACCAGAAACGAACGCACGCAAGGUCCGUCACGCUGAAAAAAAUCCGUAUGUAUCAAGGUGUGCGGGCGCUGAAAGCCACGUGUGUUUCCUCGAUAAAUCUCAAUCAGCUUGGAAUUGAGCGCAGAUGUCGGAGUGACCGGGCCCGCCCCCGUUACGCCCACCUAUAAAUAUGCAGAUUUAUUUAAAUAGGGUCUCCCUGUCCUCGCACGCAGACAAAAUGACAAGAAAAACUAAAUUUACGGCGUGCGAGGUGGAGGUGCUGGUGGUGGAGGUGGAGGAGUGACAGCGUGUUUUGUUUGGCAGCCUGUCCAGUGACGUCAGUGCAAAACGAAAACGCUUGGAGUGGGAGAAAGUUUGCGAGAGGGUUAAUGCGGUGGGUUCCGAGACACGCACCCCCGCAGAGAUUUUAAAAAAGUGGUCGGACCUCAAGGUGGAGGUCAAGCGGCAUACACCUGCCCUCCGGAGGAGUACCGGCCAGACAGGUGGGGUUCCGGGGGAGGAGACCCUCACACCGUUUGAGCAGCGGGUGGUGGCGAUUAUUAUUAUAGGGUAAGUGGCGUGUCACACAAAUGUCCACAUGCUUUGCCAUCCCACUGAGCAAAAGACGUAUAUUAGACGUCUAGUCUAAGUUUAUACUUCAUUUCAACGUCGGGAUUCAGUCUAUUUUUAGACGUGAUUUAUACUUUGCCCUUAACUUCAUUUUUCGAUAAGUUUUUAUGCAAUAAACAACUGUAAUGUGCAUAACUGACCUCGAAAUACUGGAUUACAUUACCUAUGAUACCGUGGAGAGAGAUGUAAACGCAACAGAUACACAGAAGCAGGAAUUGAAAUGAACAAAUAUUUUUAUUGUGUCACAGAAAUCAAUGUGUCGGCCGUGUCGCCGGCUUGCGGAACCCCGGCCCGCGGCAGCCCGUCCGCCGGCUCGGAGUCGUCGGCCAGGACCAGCGGCAUUUGGGCCACCCCGGCCCCCGGCCCCAGCCCCAGCACCAGCACCAGCACCAGCACCAGCACCAGCGCGCCGACAAGCGGUGGAGCGUCCACCAGCCGCGGCGCUUCCGCGACCACCCGGACGCAGUGGAAGGGUCCUCACGGAGGCGGUCCUGCAAUCGCAGGAAGGCUCGUAAAUGUCCUCGAGCGUCUGGUGGCGAAAAUAAAUUAAUUUGGCUCAUUGAACUGUGUAUUCACUUCUUACCCAUUCACGCUGUGGCAAUGAGAUUCUCCCGUGCGAGGACGGCGGCCCGGCAGGGAUCAGCUCGCAUCCCUCCGUCUGCAGCUGGUUCGUCAUGUGGGGCGACGUGCUGCUCGGCCACGGGAAUGUGGUGCACGCUUGUCACAUAGUGAGUCACCAAACACCGCCACACAGCGUCGCCAAAGUGCCGUCAACGCAAGUAUCGGCUCAACGCAAACUUCUACACCACCUACUCACUUUGCGUUGAUUAGCGUGGAACCGACGCUCGUGUCGCGAUGAUAAAUCUGGACGUGUGAGGUGAAGGUUUUCUGGCGCCGCCAGCGUUGAUACAUGAGGCCCCUGAUCACUGAAACAAAUCAUCUGUUCAGCCGCUGCAGCAGCAGCAGCAGCUGCAGCAGCACGGGGAGACGACACGGAGACAUGUCCAGGUCGAGCUGCGCGAGAAAUAAGAGGAGGAGGAAGACAGAAAAGGAGGGAGACGAAUUAAAUAUCUUGUUAACUUCAUCAUGUGUGUAUAUUUACUAGAUAUUUAAUUUAAAUUAAUGUGGUUUCAGCUGUGUUGAUUCGGUCAGGUUGUGUGUCCAAACGCGUGCCAAACGCGCUCAUCGGAUCAGAUAUAGAUCAGAAUAUAUUAAAAUAAAUCUAAAUGUAUGUGCUGACUUAGAUUAUUAGUUGUUGAUUAUUUAUUGCACUGAAAUGUGCCUGACACUGUGGAAACCUGCCGGUGAGGCAUCUGUGACGUAUGCCGAUAUGCCGUCAGUCUACCAAGAUACCACUAGACCAGCUGCGCUCUGCCUGCACUGAAAGCUGACCAGGUUUGAACCGCGAGCUUUUAGCACACUUUAUGUGCCACCGGUGAGCACAAAAAUGUCACUGCGGCAGCUGAUUCUGUUGACACCUCCUUCUGCCACGCCACCACGCCCAGCUUGGCGGACCUUGGUGCGCCUCAGUCUACGAAAAUACCAAACUGGCUGUAUGCCGGGCUCCGCCAGACAAAAAUACUAAUGCGUGGGGGCUGCCACCCUCCACCGCCUCACCGGCGGACACGAAAAUAGAGCCCUGAGUGUUUUUCAGGUCUGAUUAGACACUAGUGUUGAGAUGGCUGUCUGUCAUGAUAGCAUGUACUGAGUCUGGGCCAGUACCAGAUAAGCACAUUAAACUAUGAUCCAUAAUGACCGAGACCUAAUGGUGCUGUGACAGCAACGCUGUGAUUGAGUUUGAGACAGUGAAAAUACAUAUGGUAUGUUGUAUCUGAACAGGAUAGCUUACGAGCUAAAGUUACUUACUUACGUUAGCACAGAUGAAAGUUAAAACAAAGACGUUUAGCAAACUGAUAAAGCUCACAAACCAUCAUCAUAUGACAAAUCCGACGCUAUGACUCUCCACAAGUUGUCCGUUAGGUUGUUAUCUUUGUAAUGUUUGUGUUUUCAUCAAAAAGCACUCUGUUCUCCGACACGUAAACAAUCAGCCGGUCGGCCAUGUUGGAUAUACCAGUGAAUCAGAUGUUGCAACAACACGCAAUAUGAUUGGUCAGAAGUGUACACACAGUAUGCAAAACUUUAGGAAAAAAAAAAUGCUGCAAUAUCACAGGACAGGAAAACGUCGCUGAUGUGAACGCUUGUAUUGACAGGAUACGGGUUCGAAAAAAGAUAUUGACAUCCAAAAUAAUUGCACGUAAGAAACGGUCCCGGCGUGAAAGGACCUUAAAACCGGACAACUGAAGUGCAUGUAAACACUUUAGUCCUACUAUAUUCAGAGUUUGAGAACUCUGAUUAAAUUCGGAGAACUCUGAUCAAGACAGAUAAUGCGAUUGGAAUUCGAUUUUCUCUACCAUGUAACCAGCGUAGUUGGAGUAUGAUCGGACAAUGCAUGUGUGCGUGUGUGCCACGCCCCCGUAACCCCGGAACAAAAACAUCAUAGAAGAGGAGUAGAGUGUGUCUCAUCUGCAGAAAAAGUAACACGUCCAUCAUGUCGGACAAAAACAACGCUGUACGAUGCUCCAUCUGCUUGCUCCAAAAUGCCCAGCAGCAGUUGUAGACAAUUCUGACGUCUGACACCGACCUGUUGUUGUUGUUGACGGCUGUAUGGGGUCGGAAACAGUGCUGCUGAAAAGACACAUAUCUCCCCCUAGUUUUGGGGAGGAGGACACGUUCACGUCAAUAAUUUAAUUUUCUCAGCUGCAUGUAUUCGCCGACAAGUCCGAUUCAGCGGGAAAAAAAACAAAUUAUGAGCUUAGUCCGAAAAUAACUGUGCAUGUAAACAUACUGAGUGUGUUUCCUGUUUCAUGAUUGAGUUUCUAAACUGAACAUUAGUUUUAACUACUUUACUCUCUUUAUUGAUGUCAGCUCCGACAGAAGAAUAUAAAGCUUUUCUCUCUGACUGUAUGAACUAAAUGUUUUUAUACUUUGUCUGUCCGAAUCAAAUGUUGUAGGAUGGUGGAGCUCGCUCUGCUGACUGUAGACCCUCACUCUGUGAACCAGCAGACUCCUUGGUCCUGUUAAAGUGCUCAUUUAUGUCUGUUUUCUAAAGGGUCUUCUCAGCUGGAGACCAGUCUGGGUUUGAGUCUGAGAACAGAGGAAUAACAGAUUAAAACUCACUUUCACACAGAUUAACGUGUGCAGAAAAGACCAGCUCUCAUGUUUCUCUUUGGAGGUUCAGAGAGCAGUAAUAAAAGUAAAUUAUGAAAGAAGAGUGCGGGUCUGGAUCCAAGUCCAGUAUUUGGUCCAGCACAGAAUCAUUCUUGCUUCUUGGCCACAGUCUGACAUCUCCUUCGAUUCCUCUGAGCGCCAACAAUCACAGAUGAGUCCAGCUCUGCUCGGCCCGCUCUCUUAUCUCCAUUGAUUCGCUCACAGCUGCCAAUAUGGCUGCCUGAGGACGCCUGAGGUCCAGAUAAACUGACCCGAGUGCUGUCAGGACUCCAGGACUGAGUCACUACAGACCCAAACACCCCCAUUAAACCUGGAUACCCCCCCCUUUGAAAGGCUGAAUGUGAAUUUGUGUGUCAGCAGCUUCAUGUUCAGAUUCUAAGUCCUGGUUGACGAUCUGAUCUUCAGUUAAAAAAACUGAGCCGUCGAGGCAGAUUUGAAAAAAGUGUUGCACCCCCCCACACACAAACCCCUCCCCUCUGUUCUCCACCAUAACUUCCCCCUGAACCUGUAUCGCCCUCCCCACGACACACCCCCUCUGGCAGAGCAAGAAGCCAGCUGGCAGAAGAUCCUACGCUCGCUUCAAAUAGGAUUCACCAUGUCGGAUUUUUAGUGACUAGCGGCAGUAAACGCCAGCUCUGCUAGUGAACGCCAUCUGCAGCUGCCUGGAAAGCUACCGUGUUGACAUUACAGAGACUAAUAAGAGAUAUUUCUGUAACAUGUGCCACGAUAAAAGGCGAUAAAAAUGACCUGUUCAACAAAAACUCAGGCCCAAAUCUUGGCGGAGCUUUCUCCACCGCUAUAAAGAUGACCUGAUGUUUAUUCCAGUUAGAUUCCUCGCUUGGUCACAUGUCCUCUUCGUCUCUGCUCUUUCCUCUGUCAGCUUGCAUUUUCUUCCCACUUUUGGCGGUGGGGCAAGCAGAAGUGAUUUUUUUUGCGUCCUUCUCCAUCACAGCUCCUGUAGCUAAGCUGCUACGCUACUUUUAGCCGCUCAGAGCUCCGAAGAGGGCCGGAAGCGUGGGAGUGGACAAGACUACGGGAGAGGGGUGUAUCGAAUACAGCGAGGUGAUUGCAUGGAGAGGCGGAGCAGGAGAUUAGCCAAUAGGUGCAGUCCGGGACGGAUGGCUCCCAUUGGUCAAUGUUUUUGCAGCCCUGCACCGGCUAGGAUAAACAGAUUUUUUCCAUUCUUUUUUCUCUUCACUUUGUGGAGAUCGUACUAUAGGACCAUGAUCGCCAUAGAAACGAGGGUCAUAAUAUUUACCAAUCUCUACAAUCCAGGUCCACCAACAGAGAGCAGCUCUUCAUGACCUGAAGAUCUGAUUCUAAGUCUGAUUAUCAUACUGAAAUAUAAAGAGUUUAAUUCCACUCAGAGAUUUUCUUCAGGCGUUUCUAAUCACUGGAGGAUUUAAAAACAUACACACACACACAGAGUCAGAUUUCACUGAGACUUUAAGAACUCAGACAGAGGUUUCUGAGGUUAGGACUCUUUUCUUCAACAGACUGAACACCUGAAAACCUACAAACUAUGACCACGAAGUCUGAAGAUGGAUCCCCGCUUUAGUCCUGGAGACCUGAUGGUUGGACGAAAGGCAGCUGAGUGGAUCAACCUGUGGACCUGCAGAGUCACAGACCCACAUGGUGUAAACAUUUUGCCUGCCCCCAUCAUGAAAAUCCUGUUUCAGUCCUGCAGGAUGAAGUCCAACAUCAGACUCCUCUGUUGGUCACGUUGAGGACGGGUUAAUCUGUGCUGAAUUUAUCUGGAAUGCUCCGGCGUCCAGAAAAAAUGGAACUCAUGCGUACAGCUGAGGAGUCUGGCGAUCCCCAGAGGAACGAAAAGAAGUCAGUGGAAAUUGACACGUUAACUUGAAUAGUUACGAUCAGUUACGAUCGGAGGAUACAACCUUUUAGUAGACGUUCAGGAUGAGGUGGAAAUUGGGUAUUAAAGGUCAGGAGCAGGUCCAGCAAUAAAAAAUUGAAUUAUUGACCUGAACGUGUCCUCCUCCCCAAAACUAGGGGGCGAUAUGUGUCUUUUCAGCAGCACUGUUUCCGACCCCAUACAACUGUCAACAACAACAGCAGGUCCGUGUCAGACGUCAGAAGUGUUUACAACUGCUGCUGGGCAUUUUGGAGCAAGAAGAUGGAGCAUCGUACAGCGUUGUUUUUGUCCGACAUGAUGGACGGGCUACUUUUUCUGCAGAUGAGACGCACGCUACUCCUCUUCUCAGGUGUUUUUGUUCUAGGGUUACGGGGGCGUGGCGCACGUGCACAUGCAUUGUCUGAUCAUACUCCGACUACGCUGGUUACAUGGUAGAGAAAAUCGAAUUCCAAUCGCAUUAUCUGGGUGUCUUAAUCGGAGUUCUCCGACUCCGAUCAGAGUUCUCAAACUCCGACUGUAGUCGGACUAAGGUGUUAACAUGCACUUCAGUUGUCCGGUCUUAAUCGGAGUAAGGCGAUAAUUUGGUUUUCUCGAGUGUCAUUUCUCUGAGUGUCUGAGCAGAAUCACACAAACUCUGCUGGCCUCCUGCCCACUGUCUCCUCCUCCUCCUCCUCCUCUCUCUCUCUACCUGUGAUUUAUAGCUUUGUACAAUGAAAGGUGAAAGCCUCUAGAGCCAAAAUCCAGCAACCUGUGUGUGUGUGUGUGUCUGCUGAAGUAUCUUGUACAGCAUUUACAGCUUCUCAGAGAUCAGCACUUCUGUCCGUCUGUCUGCUUUUUCAUGUUCACGCUGGUUUAUUAAAGGUGUCGUCUCCAACAGCUCUGGUUCUGGAAGGUUCUGGAAACAGUCCCACAUAUUGAGUGUUUGUCCGAUCUCUUUAUGGACCUGUGGUGCUGCUCAGUUAUCUAAAGGAUCAGAACCAUCCUGCAGUUUAAUGGAAGUUUGAUAUCAGUCUGCAGAAAGCUCGGCUGGGAUUUUCCUCUAUCUAUCUAUCUAUCUAUCUAUCUGCGCUGUCACUCGUCUAGUUAAUUAGAUUAAUUUGGGAUUAGGUGUCCUUGUUCAGGUUAGUCUGAAUUUAUGGUUAAUAGUUAAUUUGUAGUCUGAGCUCAGUGUGCAAAAAUCUGGAUUUAAAAAAAGGUAUUAUUUCAGCCCUGACUGAUAUGUAUCCUGGAGUUUAUCCUGCUCUGCCUGUUUGCUGAUUUCCUCAUGUAGAGACACCAUGGACGUUAAAUAAUAGAAGUUUCUAGAGUUUAUCCUGCUCUGCCUGUUUGCUGAUGAUGUGAAUGUUUCCUCAUGUAGAGAUACCAUAGACUUUAAAUAAUAGAGGUUUCUGGAAGUUCUGUUCCGCCUUUUUGCUGAUGAUGUCACUGCGUUUCCUGCAGAUACGGUGACAUGGUUCCCAACACCAUCGCAGGAAAGAUCUUUGGUUCUAUCUGCUCACUGAGCGGCGUGCUGGUGAUCGCCCUCCCUGUGCCCGUCAUCGUGUCCAACUUCAGCCGGAUCUACCACCAGAACCAAAGAGCGGACAAGAUGAGAGCACAGCAGGUUUGAUUCCCAUAUUUUCAAAUAACCGUCAUCCACGUUAUCUCUGCUGGCUGUAGCACAGAGUUUAUCAGGUGAGAGCUGUUGGCCUCACAGACUGAGUGGAUAUUACAUUAAGUCAGAAUGUUAACUCGGGCUGGGCGAUAAAAUGAUAAUGACAUAUAUCGAAAAUAAAUUUCCCUCAAUAUCAAUAUAAAACAUGGUCAAUAUGCUUUUUGACAGUCGGCAUUCUGCCAUGUUUUGGUAGACUAUACGAAUAGCCUAUGAAAAGGGGAGUUUCUGCUUUGGGCUGAACCAAUCAUGUGCUGAAUUAGAACCAAGUGUCAAACAACUGUGUUGUAGCAGACAGCUGCUACACCCAACCAUAGCACUUUAACAGGUGAAGCCAAGAGUGGUUGGUGAGAAAAAAUGUAAAUGAGUGCUACCCCCGACAGAAAUGACGACGAAGGCUCAACAGAUGACCACAUCGUCGACAACACUGACACAAAAACGUCAAUGGUGUGGAGGUAUUUUGUUUUUUUGAGGUCGAACAUGAAGCAGAGUAAUGUGGACUGAUUCACCACUAUGCCGCAGAGCACGCGCAACACAAAAGGUUACAACGGUAACCUUUUGCCCAUGGCACCGGUGCAGCCGAAACAGACGAAUAUUCAGUCCACUUUCUCCAGAGCAACGCCUUAAGACAAAAUGUCAAAGAGACACAAAGACCUCACAGAUGCAGGAGAUUAUUGUAUUGGAAAAGACAUGCGACCAAUAAACACUGUUAAAUUUUAUUUUUUAUAUCGUGAUAUAUACAGAUACCGACUGACAUAAAAAAAAUAUUGUGAUAAACUUUUUCCUAUAUCGCCCAGCCCUAAUGUUAAACCAACAGCGUCACUUAACCCGUAACAGCGCGAUUGCACCUUUUACAGACGAAGUUUAGGAAAGAAAAAGUCAGUCAGUUAUCCGGUCCAGACAGUCAAUUUCAGAUUUGACCUUCCCAUCAUGCAUGACGAUCAUCAUCAGCAAUCCCAUCAAGAUUUCAGGACUUCAGCCGCAGGCCGCCAUCAUCUGCAGGCUAACCACGACUAAACACACCCGUUAGCUCCCACCCCUUUCUGCUCAGAUGAUGCUGAUUGGUCCUGUCAUGAAUAGAGCUCUGAGGGCUUCAGGUGUGUGUGUGUGUGUGUGCUGACGGCGCUGUUUCCUGUGUUUCUGUCCAAUAGAAAGUGCGUUUGGCUCGGAUCCGCAUGGCCAAGAAGGGAACAGCCAAUGCCUUCCUCCAGUACAAAGAAGACCGAUCAGUCGGGGUGAGACACACACACGUAAACACUCACACUAACACACACUAACACACACACUGGCAGUCAAGAGCUUCUCCCCCUCCAGCAGAGGGUUUGGGUUUCUGUUAUCAGUGAUGGAGAGAGAGAAAAACACAAAUCCAGACCUGAACGUGGACCGCUGUUUGGAGGAUUAUGAAGACGUUAAAGAAAAAAGGAGACCUGUUCAGAGGAUUAAAAGUGUCAAACCAGAUCCAAGAGUGUGAGGUACUAAAGGCAGAGACUCACACCUCCAGACGAUGGAUGGACGUGGAGCUGCUGGCUCAGCAGUUUGGAGCUCCACCAAAAAAAAAAAAAAAACAACAACUCCAUCAGCGAGAGUUUUCCCAUCAGACAGCUGGCAACCAGAGAAGAGAGAGCUGGAGCAGAUCUUCAUCGGAGGACAGGAUGGUGGGUUUACAGAUGGACAGGGAGGGAGGGACAGGUGAGUUCAGGGAAGUCCGAGUCGAGGGGCCUCAUUCAUCAAUCGUGCAUUCGUACAGAUGUGUUUUUAUAAUGAGUGCGUACGAACAUUUCCAUGCAAAGUCUGGGAUUUAUCAACCUGUACUUGUUCUUAGAAACGUGAAUAAAUUGAAGACCAACUCUGACCAUGUGUACACACAAACUCUAGUGGUAGAACAGUAAAACAGUUCAGCAAUCUCAAAUCUCAAACUUCACACAUGUUCUCUGUUCCCUCUGUACAAAAUUGAUCAAUUAGUUAUUGAUCAGACAUUUUGAAUGAUUGGAGUGACAAGCUAUAAAAUCAGCUGUGACAGGACAACCUCAGAAGACUGACAAGUACAAAUACAAGUAUCAUGGUUCUUUUAUGGACUUUUGGAGGACUUGGAGAAGCGUCUGCUCCUCCUCAGGGAGCGUGCUGAUCUGUUCAGUGAGAACACAGAGUGGAUUCUCAGCAGGUACCGCUUCCCCAAAAACAUUUGUAUGGAUUUAUGAUCCAUGAUUUACAACCCGUGUUGGAGCGAGAGACAAAACGCACCAAAGCCAUCCCAGUGACCAUCCAGCUCCUGUCCACCCUAACCCGAACAUUUCAGCCUGAGGUUGGAGACAUAUACGGCAUUUCACAGCCAACACUAAACAGGAUCAUGUCGGCAGAAUUGGAUGCAAUAAUUUCUCUGGACUCAACUUACAUUCAAUUCCCAAACAUACAUCAGCAACAAGCCGAAAUAAAAUGAGGAUUUCACGCCAUCGCCGGAUUCCCAAACAUAAUUGGAGCCAUAGAGUUCACCCACAUUGGAAUAAAAGCACCUUCGCACACUAAAUUCAGUUUAGUCAACAGGAAAGGAUUUCAUUCAAUCAAUGAUCAAUAAUCUGUGAUGCACAUAUGGAUCUGUUAAACGUUGUUGGAGGAAUGCACGACUCCAUUCUGUAAAACAGCUCUGUGAGUGUGCACCUCCAUGAUUUCAGCGAGGGGGAAAAAUCAUAGACUGUAUAUACUAUGGACAACUUGGUUCCGCCUACCGCCUGUAUACGGAUUUGAAGCCAAAUAGCUCUCGGUAUUUCCGGGAUUUUUCUUCAUUUCCUGAAACCAGCGCUGCGCAGUAGCGAUGUGCGCAUUCGGCCGCGCAGUCGCAGAGAGUCGCUGUGAUGACACUCGGCUUAAACAGCGUAUCCCCCGGGAGAGCUACACAAUCCCUGAACGCCCAUAGGCUGUAUCAGGUGUCAAUCAUAGAAAACACGAACCCUCUUAUAACUUUUAAAAAAGGAGCUUCACAGAAAAAAGAGGACUUGAGCACAAAGCACUCUUACAAUAACUACAUGUCAACAUCACAAGCGGGGGGGAGAAAAAAUUAUGUUCUGUGUAAUAAAUUUCUAAAGUUUGUCCACAGCCCCAUAAGCUUUGCUGACGGAGGCAGGAUUUAUGGCCUAUACUGCAGCCCAUCAACAGAGGGUGCUGUUCUCGGAGUGGCUUCACCCAGCGAGGAGGCAGACUCUGUCCAUUCUAUAUACAGUCUAUGGGAAAAAUCCAUUCAGGCAUUUUUAGAGGGGUUGUUGAUACCAUAUAUGGUCAAUUGGAGGCGUUUCUGAAUGUAAAUGACCCUAACCAUGAAUGAGCACGCUAGAAAAGAACAGGUGGGAUUUAUCAUCACAGAUUACUUAAUAGUGUGCGUACAACCGGUUUUUGCGUGUUUGAGAAAUACAGAUUUUUUUUUGGUCUUAUGCACAUUUGAAAUUGCAUUCCUACAACAGAAUUUAGAACCUUUUCUACGUACAGUUGAUAAAUGAGGACCCUGGGGUCCAUCAAACCAGCUGAGAGACUUCAGUCUUAGUGGUUUUCAGAGGACAACACACUAACUCAGUGUUUUAUCAGACACACACAGAUAUAUUGUUGAAGCCUAAUCCCUCUCUAGUGCUGAGCAGAAAGAAGGACGACUGCUGGAUUUAAAAAGAGCAUAAUAGGUGUAACGAAGAGGAGGAGGAGGAGGAGAAAGGAAGGGGGGAGAGCAGGAAAUACGUCAUCAAGAUGGCGCCCGGAUUAGGCGCCCUGGUGUUCUGGUGCUCGUUGUUUUGUCUGUUUUUGUGCGUUGUGCGUGUCAUCAUGCUCCUACACCCGUGAGGAGCUUCUAAACAUCAGAUCAACAACACCCACGGACAUUACACCAGUUUUUUUGGCAUCUGCUGCUGAACUGGUUCACUUUUUGGCCAAAAGAGUUAGACGUGGGCGAAGGGGAAAGCGAGCUGGGGUGCCUCUCCAAUGUCCACUCACUCAGCAACAAGAUGGAUGAGCUGGCACUGCUGAUGAAGAAGAAUAGAGACUUCCCCUCUUGUGUUCUGUGCUUCAUGGAGACGUGGCUAAACGCACAGACACUGGACUGCGCCAUCUAACUGGAGGGUUUUCAGCUCCUCUGCGCAGACAGAGAUCGUGUACUCUCCGGUGGGAAAACAAAAGGUGGAGGAGUCCAGUGUUGUUUUCGUCAGGCAGGACGAAAACUUAAAUGACGACGUCAGACCCCUUUUUUCCUUGCCGAAAAUGAGACUAAGACGAACGUCACCAAAGCUCUGUAAAGACUAAAAUGUGACGAAAAUUGUUUUCAUUUUCGUCAGACGAGAACGAGACGAGACUAAAUUGUUAUUAGGUGGACGAACAAAGUUUCAAAACAUGCUUUUUUUUGUCCUAACAGUCACGCCCCCAUCACAAACGCACCAAAAGCCUCGCUCGCGCACAGCUGCGCGCACACACUCAUACACAUACACAGAGCGGCAGGUGGACGAGGCGCGCACACACACACAACGUGGCGGCAGGCACAGCAGCGGUGCCCGGUGGCCGAAAAAAGAGGGAUGCUUUAUGGUCCUACUUCAGAUACAGUCCAAGUGACAAUAAAACACAAUGUCUUGUACGGGGACGGGGAGACGAGACAGACGACAGUUGUGGAGCCACAGCUUCCUCAUGCUGCGGCUUCAAACUGUCGGGAAAGAACACAACGAACCUCAAAAGGCACCUUUUCGAGAGACUAAAACUAGACUAAAACCUAUUGAGUUUUCUUCGGACUAAAACUAGACGAAAACUAUCAAGGAUAGAAAUGACUAAAAUGGGACUAAAACUAAGAAGCAUUUCGUCAAAAUGACUAAGACUAAAACUAAAUCUAAAAUGCCUGCCAAAAACAACACUGGAGGAGUCUGCUUCUACAUCAACAAUGCCUGGUGCUCCGACGUGACAGUGAUCUCCCAACACAUUUCACAAAUGUGCCAAGUACAGUUUUAGUAAGGAGGUGGCAAAGGCUAAAGCCAGAUACAACACAUGUCUGGAGCAAAGAUUCUCUGCCAACGACCCUGCCUCAGUGUGGAGGAGGUUGAAAGAGAUCACCAACUACAAGCCCAAAGCACCUUUUUAAAUGAAGACCUAAAACUAGCCAACGACCUGAACGACUUCUAGUCACGCUUCGAAGUCAUGGACUCACAUCCCCUCACCCCCCACUGAACUGGAAAUUCAACCACUCUGGUCCUCCCCCCUCCCCCCGCUGCCCUCUCAGUCCAUGAAGAGGAAGUAAACAGACAGUUUAAGUGGCUGAGUCCACACAAGGCUGCUGGACCGGACUGUGUCUCUCCUGCCACUCUGAGACACUGCGCUGAUGAGCUAGCUCCAGUCUUCACGGGGAUCUUCAACACCUCCCUGGAGUCAUGCCAUGUUCCAGCCUGUUUCAAGUCCUCCAUCAUUGUUCCCGUCCCCAAAAAACCUCACGUAACUGGACUUAAUGACUAUAGGCCAGUGGCUCUCACGUCUGUAGUCAUGAAGACCUUUAAACGCCUGGUUUUAUCCCACCUGAAGUCCAUCAUCGACCCCCUCCUGGACCCUCUGCAGUUUGCCUACAGAGCCAACUGGUCUGUAGAUGAUGCCAUAAACCUGGCUCUGCACUUCAUCCUGCAGCACCUGGACUCCCCAGGAUCCUACGCUAGGAUCCUGUUUGUGGACUUCAGCUCUGCAUUCAAUACCAUCCUUCCGGCUUUGCUCCAGAACAAGCUUUCCCUGCUCCAUGUGCCUGACUCCACCUGCAGGUGGAUCACAGACUUCCUGACGGACCGUAGUCAGUGUGUGCAGCUGGGGAGGAAUGUUUUGGACACUUGGGCUCUCAGCACAGGAUCUUCACAGGGCUGUGUACUUUCCCCUCUGCUUUUCUCCCUGUACACCAACUGCUUCACCUCCAGCCAUGAUUCCGUUAAGCUCAUGAAGUUUGCGGAUGACACCACCCUCAUCGGACUCAUUUCGGAUGGAGAUGAGUCUGCCUACAGGUUGAAGGUGGACCGGCUGGUGACCUGGUGCAGCAGCAACAACCUAGAGCUCAACACCCAGAAGACAGUGGAGAUGAUCGUGGACUUCAGGAAAGCCACAGCCCCCCUGCCCUCCCUCGACCUCACCGACUCCCCCAUCACCACUGUGGACUGCUACCGCUUCCUUGGCACCACCAUCACCCAGGACCUCAAGUGGGAGCCAACCAUCAGCUCCCUCAUCAAGAAGGCCCAGCAGAGGAUGUACUUCCUACUGCAGCUGAGGAAAGCCAAGCUGCAGGUCCAGCUGAUGGUGCAGUUCUACACGGCCAUCAUCGAGUCCAUCCUCAGUUCCUCCAUCACGGUGUGGUACGCCAGGGCCACUGCCAGGGACAGACACAGACUGCAGCGCAUUGUGGGCUCUGCUGAGAAGGUGAUCGGCUGUAGCCUUCCAUCUCUCCAUGACCUGUACGUCUCCAGGACUCGGGGCCAAGCAGGUCGGAUAGCAGCUGACCCUUCUCACCACGGACUAUUUGAGACACUCCCCUCAGGCAGGAGGCUACGGUCCAUUCAGACCAGAACCUCCCGCCAUAAGAACAGUUUCUUCCCCUCUGCCGUUGGACUCAUGAACACUUUAUAACUCAGUCACUUUAACUCAGUCACUUUAUCACUGGUCACUUUAGUUUAAUGCACCUUGGUUUUUUAAUUGCACUCCUCCCACUGCACUGUUGUUCUGUAUUGUGUAGUUGUACAUAGCCUGUUAUACUUACUGUACAUAGCAUUGUACAUAGCUUUUUAUACUUUUAUACUUUAUAUAUGUCCUGCAUGCGCUUAUUAUUUUCUAUUCUAGUAUUUUAUAUAUUAUUUUCUUUUUUAAUGUUGCACCAUCACGCCAUAAAAAAUUCCUGUUCAUUGACAAUGGCAUUAAAACCCCUUCUGAUUCUGAGGAGAAGGGAAAGGAGAACAUUAAACGAUGAGGAAAAGGAGGGGAGCAGAAAUGGAGGAAAGAAAGAGGACGCACAAGAGGAGGCUUUGUGUGAGGAGAAGGAUGGAGGAAGAAGAGAAGGAGAAGAAGAAGAGAGAUUAGCCUGGUGAAGAAAAGAGAGGAAGGUGGAGGGAUAAUGAAGAAGAGGAAGACCUGAGGAUUAUUUCAGGAGGACCGGCCGUCAGCUAAGCCGUCUGAAAAUAAAUCGGAGCUUUGUUGAACUGAAGGAGGAUUUCUCAGACAGAACCAGCUCAGAUAUUCACCCCUCAGUACUGACCCGGAUCACAGACACACAUCCGGGUCCAGGGGCCAAACUCAGGUCCAGACUCAGGGGCCCAGGGAGAUUAACGCUCACCAAUUCAAACCUGGUCAGCCUUCAGUGCAGGCCACAGCUGGUCUAGUGGUAUUUUGGUAGACCGUCGGUGUAUCGGCAUACGUCACCGAUGCCUCACCGGCAGGUUUCCACAGUGUCAGGCACAUUUCAGUGCAAUAAAUAAUCAUCAACAACUAAUAAUCUGUGUCAGCACAUACAUUUAGAUCUAUAUAGAUAUAUUCUGAUCUAUAUCUGAUCUUAUGAUCAUGUUUGGCACACAUUUUGACACACAACCUGACCGAAUCAACACAGCUGAAACCGCAUUAAAUUAAAUUAAAUAUCUAGUAAAAAAACACACAUGAUGAAGUGAACAAGAUAUUUAAUUCGUCUCCCUCCUUUUCUAUCUUCCUCUUCCUCUUGUUUCUCGCGCAGCGCAACCUGGACAUGUCUCCGUGUCCUCUCUCUGUCCUGCUGCAGCUGCUGCUGCGGCGGCUGAACAGAUGAUUUGUUUCAGUGAUCAGAUGAGCUUUUUACUUUAAGCCUACAUACGAAUAUUAUAAUAUUCAGUUGCGUGAGCCAAAUUUAUUUUAUAUGCCAACAUCUAUGAAAGAAAGAGCCAGGCCAUGGAGCGCAAUGCGUCAUUUACGCACAGAUGGUUCCGAUUUUAAUGCCAUAAUUGGAAUCUAUGAUGUGAUCUCUGAGCACAACCCACCUUUGUCACAUGAGGUUUAUUUAUGCAACUUUAUGUGAGUGUCUUUAUUUGUGGAAAAGGGUGUUUGUCUUACUAGUGGAUCCAACAUUACACACACCAAAUCCAUCUGUGCUUAUAUGAGAGAGUGUGAAGGACGCCCUCUGCAGCGUUUACAGCGACACUUGUUGAGGAGCUGUCUUUUGUCGCCAUCGUGUGGCAUUUCUGUCUUCAGACAUCUCUUGAUCUCUUUGACUACUUCACGAAAAUAGUAAUACGCCUCGCUGGUGGUGGAUUUAAAUGCAAGGAGAGGAGCGGAUGUUGUUGGUCAAUACAGGUCUCGGCUGUGUUAAACCCACUCCACGCCCUCUCUCCUCACUCGCUACGACUUACGCCACUGGGAGGAGCUGAGUUAGGGAGGGGGGAUACUCACACUGGGCUGCGCCGCUCACCAAAAUACCAAAUUGUGCUUGGGAAUGCCUUGUUGGCGCGGCGGACCUGACUUACGCCGCGCCUGUGCCACGUCUCCGGCAAAGCACGAAAAUAGAGCCCAAGAUGUUCCUUUAAUAGUCCCACAAUGGGAAUUUCCAAUCUUUCAGCAGCAUAGUAUAGAUACAAAAAGACAAUGGAUUUAUCAAAAAUAAAAGCGUCACUUUCAUCUAAUGGAUUAGUUUAAACUUUUCUGAGUUUGAUUGGUCGUUACUUUCCGAAUAAAGAAGUUCAGUUUGAUCUGAAUUUGUGUGUGUGUGUGUGUGUGUGUGUGUGUGUGUGUGUCUGUGUGUCUAUGUGUCUAUGUGUCUAGGACCGGCAGAGCAACAGCACGGCUCUGUGUGUGAAGAACAGAUCAGCGUUUGAGCACCAACAUCAUCACCUGCUGCACUGUCUGGAGAAAACGACGGUGAGAAACACAGAAACAGAUCAUAUGGAAAGAGUCUACUGAUCAUGGAGGAACUAUAGAUAUAUGUAGAUAUAUAUGUAGAUAUAGAAGUUUAGCUCACAUGGGAAACAGUAUAACCAAACUUCAUUCUAAAAACAAGUAUUUUUAAUGUUUUUAUGAGGUUAAUUUAUGAUGAAGUGAGGAGGUGUUUUUUGGGCAGUAGAGAGACCAAUUUUCACCAUCCACCAAUUCCUACCGGAAUACGAUCCUCCUGAAACACGCAGUGUUUUACUUUGAAAAGAAGCUGGAUGUUUUAUUUUGUGUCUGUGCCCGCAUCCUUUCCAGCACAAGUUAAUCUGUGCUGAAUUUAUCCGGCAUGCUCCUGUGUCUGGAAAAAAGAGAACUCUUGCGAUCAGUUGUGGAGUCUGGCGAUCUGCAGAGGAACUCAAAGAAGCCAGUGGAAAUUGACACGUUAACUUGGAAUGAUUACGAUCAGCUACGAUCAGAGGAUACAACCUUUUUGUAGACGUUCAGGAUGUGGUGGAAAUUGAGGGUUGGAGUCUAAAUACAAAGUUACAGUGAAUCUGAGACUCAGGCUCUCUGCUGCUGAAAGAGGUCAUCAAACCGGGACCUGGUCAGCCCCUGAGAGCUGGAACCAGCAGGAAAGGUCUCAGUUUGGUCAGAUAGUGGUUUUCUUUUUGUCCUGAACACAUUUAUUUGACCUUGUUUUAGUGUCUUCAUCCUCGUUUAACCUCCUCCGACUCUCCCUCACAGUGAUUCAGUCUCUCUUGCAGAGUAAAUAUGGAUGCUUACGGUUUAGGAUGUCCGAGUUUGUAGGCGUCUGUCUGACUUUUCUCUUUCUUCACAGAAUCACGAGUUUACAAACGAGGUGAACUACAGCGAGCUGUGUAUGACCGAGUCAGUCGGCUUCAGGACUAGCCGCAGCACCUCCCUGUCCAGCCAGCAGGGGGCGCAGAACAACUCCACCGGCUGCUGCCCUCGUCGGGCCAGAAGAAGAGCAGCCAUGAGACUGGCUAACUCCACGGUGUCUGUCAGCCGGGGGAGCGUCCAGGAGCUGGACACCCUGCAUGUCAAAACCACCUGUAUACCACCACAAACGUAAAGAGGACCUUUAAUUUUACAACAUGAGCAAAAAAAAAAAAAGAAACACAGCAUGACCUUUAAAUGACAUUCAAAUGACCUUUUAUAUAAAAACUGAGUUUUACUGAAAAGAAAGAGAGAGAGGGACAAAUGUAGAAAACUGAGGAACACCAGUAGGACAUGAAGGGGAAGGGGUCUGUGAACAGGUCUACAGGCCACGCUCCCUCAGACCUUAAAUGGUCAGGUGUGUGACCAGCCUAAAUAGCGAUAAUUGAUCAGAUGAUUGAUCAUUGUAGAUAAAGAGGAUUAAAAAUGUCAAAUAUCUGCUUUAGACAGAGACUGAUCUUUAUUUCAGGGGAUGGUGGUGGUGCUCAUGGGAAAUGUAGUCUUCACUGGAAAAACCCUUAAGACUUAAUCCUAAAGGUUCUACCAGAAUCCACUUUACAUGGAGAAACACUUUAAAGGGACGUUAACCCUCGGUUCCUGUUAAUUUGAAACUUCAUCCAGCCUACUCUGUCCUCAAAACAGACAUGAAGAUAAGUGUUGAUAAAAUUAUCAUUUUUUAAACUUUUUAAAAAACUUUUUUGACUCAAAUCUCUUGAACAACUUCAGCCCUGACUAUUAAAAAAAGUAAUAAAUGCAAAAUUCGAUGUUACACCCUUUUUAUUCCAGUUUUUGUGCGCCAUGUCAUAUUUAUUGAUUAAGUUUUCGUUCUAAACAGCUGAGUCUGUUGGAGCAGAAAAACAUGUCAAUUUCAUCUCCUUUUCACAAGCCUUGUCCUCUACCAAAUUAAAUGUGAUCAAAUUCAUUUGUUCAUGUUAAAUUAAUUUUAUAUAUAGGUAUGUACAAUCAGAAGAUAUACAGAAAUUAUUCAUACCCCUGGCAAAUUUUGACUUAAAGUUACUUUUAUUCAACCAGCAAGUUUUUUAUUAACUGGUAAUGACACAGGCAUCUCCCAGAAGAUAAUAAGAUGAUGUACAAUAGGAAUCAUUGUGGAAAGAAAUAUUCCAAAGCUUUUAUUUACAUUUGAACGAAAAGUGGCAUGUCCAAAAUUAUUCAUACCCUUCUCAAUAAUCAAUGGAAAAGCCUUUAUUGGCUAUUACAGCAACAAGCACUUCUUAUAUUUCCUGACCAGCUUUUUGCAUGUCUCCACUGGUAUUUUCGCUCAUUCAUCUUUAGCGAGGAGCUCCAACUCUUUCAGGUUGGAGGGCCUCCUUGCCAUCACCCUGAUCUUAAGCUCCCUCCACAGAUUCUCUAUUGGAUUCAAGUCAGGACUCUGGCUGGGUCACUGCAAAACGUUCAUGUUUUUGUCUGCUAACCACUUCUUUACUACUUUUGCUGCUGUGUGUUUUGGGUCGUUGUCAUGCUGAAAUGUCCACUGGAGCCCAAGGCCAAGUUUCUCUGCAGACUGCUUGAUGUUGUUGUUGAGAAUCUUGAUGUAUUGUUUCUUUUUUCAGGGUGCCAUUUACUGUGAUUAGGUUCCCUGGUCCAUUGGCUGAAAAACACCCCCAAAGCAUUAGGUUCCCACCACCAUGUUUGACAGUGGGGAUUGUGUUCUUAGGGUUGAAGGCUUCUCCUUUUUUACGCCAAAUGAAGGCUACAUCAUUGUGGCCAAACAAGUCCAUUUUUGUUUCAUCUGACCACAAAACAGAAGACCAGAAGUCUUCUUCUUUGUCCAGAUGAGCUUUUGCAAAGGCCAAGUGGGCUUUUGUGUGCGUCCUCCUCAGUCUGCGUCCGUAGAACCCAGCAGUGUGCAGUGUCCGUUGGACUGUACACCUUGAGAUGUUGCCACAGCAGAGCCCAGAUUCACCAGGAUGGCCUUGGCGGUGAUCCUUGGAUUCUUUUUCACCUCUCUCACUAUCCUCCUGGCCAGCACAGGUGUCACUUUAGGCUUCCGACCACGUCCUCUGAGAUUUUUCACAGUGCAGAAUGUCUUGCAUUUUUUAAUAACACUUUGCACUGUAGCCACUGGAACUUGAAAACAUUUAGAUAUGGCCUUAUAGCCCUUUCCUGACUUGUGAACAGCCACAAUGUGCAGCCGCGGGUCCUCAGUGAGCUCCUUUGUCUUAGUCAUGACUGUCCAAAACCCAACUGCAGAGAGCUGUUUUUCACCUGUUGAGUUGAUUAAAACAGCUGUUCCCAAUGAAUCAGGGUAAUUAGGAUGCUUUAGAACAGCUUGGACUAUUUGGAAUGGUAUAGAACUUUGGAUUCUCCCAUAGACUGUGACAGUUUGCAAAGGGUAUGAAUAAUUCUGGACAUGCCACUUUUCGUUCAAAUGUACAUAAAGCUUUGAAAUAUUUCUUUUCACAAUGAUGCCUCUUUUACAUCAUCUUAUUAUCUUCUGGGAGAUGCCUGUGUCAUUUCCAGUUAAUAAAAAACUUGCUGGUUGAAUAAAAGUAACUUUAAGUCAAAAUUUGCCAGGGGUAUGAAAAAUUUUGGGCUUGACUGUAUGUAAGAUAGGAAUCAUUUACAAGUGGUUAUCCACCUCUAACAGAAAUAUGACCAUGAUAACACUGAUUACACGCAUAUAGAAAAUAACUGCAUAUUUGAGAAGUGAUAUCUUCUCACCUAAUGAUCUGAAGGACCUGUUCAUCCUCAUGCAUGUCCAUCCACUUGCUCUGAAGUGAGGGCAAAGUUAAAAUUGUCCAAAUGGCCCCCUCUCUUUGUCUCACACUGCAGAACUUGGACGUCGGAUUUUCGACUGUAAAAACUCCGCUCACAGAAUGCUUGGUAAUAAACAUGGACGCAGAUUCGCACCUGUGCACACACAAAUUUAGAGCCCUGUUGAUCGACUGACUGCAAAAAAAAGGUUGUAAUAUGUUGCUAUGGUGCCAUAAACACACGGUCAAAAAAACAUAUUUUUUUUAAUGGAAGUCUAUUGUCCGAUUUGUGGACAAAGGAAGGUGGAUGGAGCAUAAAAUUUGGCAACGGAGAACUACAGGUGGCACAGAGUUUGUUUGUUUUUUAAUAUAAAGAAAAAUAAGGAACUCUCACCAAAUUCGAUGCCCCAAUCUUUAAAAAUGUGACUGUCAGCUCGAAAUAAAGAGGAAAAAAAUGACAAGGGUUAAAGGACCUCAACAGGACACGAACCUGGGACUCAAAUUUUAAAUUCAAGGACUUUUUUCUUUUUAAGGUAGACCGACGCUUCCUGUCUGCUCUGGUUCUCUGUAACCCUAAAUCUGGUUUCUCGUGUCCCCUCUCUCCUCAGCCGGUCCAGUCUGAAUGCCCAAGCGGGGGACCUGAAGCUGAACUGCGGGGAACAGGACUUCACCGCCGCCAUCAUCAGCAUCCCCACGCCGCCCGCCAACACCCCCGAUGAGAGCCUCCCCCCUUCGCCCGCCCCCAUCCCCGGCAUCCUCCGCAACACCCGGGCCACCGCCUACACCUCGGACACCGUCAAAAUCUCCUCCUUAUAA